ACUUCCUGUGUGCUUGGUUACCUAGUGACGGGACAACUCCACAUCUCGGAGUAUCUCAGAGGGUUCACCGCUCCUGGGGGUCUGCCAGUAUCGGUAAUUAGCGGAGCCCACCCUCCGCCGCUGCCAUGUUUAUUUACCUGAGCAAGAAGGUAGGUGGCAUUCACACAGGUGGCAUGUCUGGUGGGCGGCAUGAUCAGUGAAAAGCCUCAUUCUCCCCAUGCUCUCAUUAUUAAUUAUUAUUAUUAUGUUAGUUCUUUGUCUUGCAUUAUGUUAUCCCAAUAGCACAGUGAUGGCAUUGGCUGCUAACCCGGGCACCUCUGAUGUUUCUGAACUCCAUCUCAAAUGUUCAUCAGCCUUAAGGAAAAAAAACAUCUAUCAAUCUAGUAUCAAUCAAUGUAUUAAUUAUCUAUCAAUCUGUCAUCUAUCUAUGUAUCAAUUAUCAAUCUAUUAAUUAUCUAUCAAUCUGUAUCAAUCUAUCUAUUAGCUAUCAUUCAUCUAUAUAUCUAUUAUCUAUCUAAUAUCAAUCAAUCCUAUUAUCUAUCAAUCUGUAUCAAUCAAUCUAUCUAUUAGCUAUCAUUCAUCUAUAUAUCUAUUAUCUAUCAAUCUAAUAUCUAUCAAUCAAUCUAUUAAUUAUCUAUCAAUCUGUAUCAAUCUAUCUAUUAGCUAUCAUUCAUCUAUAUAUCUAUUAUCUAUCAAUCUAAUAUCUAUCAAUCAAUCUAUUAUCUAUCAAUCUGUAUCAAUCUAUCUAUUAGCUAUCAUUCAUCUAUAUAUCUAUUAUCUAUCAAUCUAAUAUCUAUCAAUCAAUCUAUUAAUUAUCUAUCAAUCUGUAUCAAUCUAUCUAUUAGCUAUCAUUCAUCUAUAUAUCUAUUAUCUAUCAAUCUAAUAUCUAUCAAUCAAUCUAUUAAUUAUCUAUCAAUCUGUAUCAAUCUAUUAGCUAUCAUUCAUCUAUAUAUCUAUUAUCUAUCAAUCUAAUAUCUAUCAAUCUAUUAAUUAUCUAUCAAUCUGUAUCAAUCUAUCUAUUAGCUAUCAUUCAUCUAUAUAUCUAUUAUCUAUCAAUCUAAUAUCUAUCAAUCUAUUAUUAUCUAUCAAUCUGUAUCAAUCUAUCUAUUAGCUAUCAUUCAUCUAUAUAUCUAUUAUCUAUCAAUCUAAUAUCUAUCAAUCAAUCUAUUAAUUAUCUAUCAAUCUGUAUCAAUCUAUCUAUUAGCUAUCAUUCAUCUAUAUAUCUAUUAUCUAUCAAUCUAAUAUCUAUCAAUCAAUCUAUUAUCUAUCAAUCUGUAUCAAUCUAUCUAUUAGCUAUCAUUCAUCUAUAUAUCUAUUAUCUAUCAAUCUAAUAUCUAUCAAUCAAUCUAUUAAUUAUCUAUCAAUCUGUAUCAAUCUAUCUAUUAGCUAUCAUUCAUCUAUAUAUCUAUUAUCUAUCAAUCUAAUAUCUAUCAAUCAAUCUAUUAAUUAUCUAUCAAUCUGUAUCAAUCUAUCUAUUAGCUAUCAUUCAUCUAUAUAUCUAUUAUCUAUCAAUCUAAUAUCUAUCAAUCUAUUAAUUAUCUAUCAAUCUGUAUCAAUCUAUCUAUUAGCUAUCAUUCAUCUAUAUAUCUAUUAUCUAUCAAUCUAAUAUCUAUCAAUCUAUUAUUUAUCUAUCAAUCUGUAUCAAUCAAUCUAUAUUAGCUAUCAUUCGUCUAUAUAUCUAUUAUCUAUCAAUCUAAUCUCAAUCAAUCUAUUAAUUAUCUAUCAAUCAGCUAUCAUUCAUCUAUAUAUCAAUUAUCUAUUAGCUAUCCAUAUAUCAAUUAUCAAUCUAGUAUCUAUCAAUCAAUCCAUUAAUUAUCUAUCAAUCUGUAUCAAUUAAUCUAUUAGCUAUCAUUCAUCUAUAUAUCAAUUAUCUAUCAAUCUAGUAUCUAUCAAUCUAUUAUCUAUCAAUCUAUAUCUAUUAGCUAGCAUUCAUCUAUAUAUCAAUUAUUUAUCUAUUAGCUAUCCAUAUAUUAAUUAUCUAUUAAUUAUCUAUCAAUCUAUAUCUAUUAGCUAGCAUUCAUCUAUAUAUCAAUUAUCUAUCUAUUAGCUAUCCAUAUAUCAAUUAUCUAUCAAUCUAGUAUCUAUCAAUCUAGUAUCUAUCAAUCUAGUAUCUAUCAAUCUAUUAAUUAUCUAUCAAUCUAUAUCUAUUAGCUAUCAUUCAUCUAUAUAUCAAUUAUCUAUCUAUUAGCUAUCCAUAUAUCAAUUAUCUAUCAAUCUAGUAUCUAUCAAUCUAUUAAUUAUCUAUCAAUCUGUCAUCUAUGUGUCCAUUAUCUAUCUAUCCUAUCUAUCUAGUAUCUAUCAAUCUAUUAUCUAUCAAUCUAUAUCUAUCUAUUAGCUAUCAUUCAUCUAUAUAUCAAUUAUCUAUCCAUCUCUCUAUCUAUAAAAAUAUAAAAUGUAUGUUUGGUAAAGCACUGGGACAAACUCCUCACUGCAACCUAAAAGUCUCUGUUUUUCCAAAUAGAUGCUUCUCAUAGAGGGGCAUUGUAGACUCAUGUCACAUGCUCUCUCCCAAUCCAGCGAUUCCCACACCAGACGAUGACGUCUUAACUUGUUCCAACUUCGUCAACGAUGCUUGUGUGGGUGCACUGCCAGUACUCCUUGUUUACACAAUGUGGGUUGUGUUUAUUUUGGCGUCACAUGUGAUGCAGGCCAGUCAGAGGCAACAGCUCUUUUGUCAUAUAUUCAUUGCCCUAUCAUUGUCCUCAUGUACUAUACUUUUACAUUUAGCCCCCAUCCGUUGCCAAUGGGGGCUAACUGAGGGUCCGCUCCGCUGCUCCUGGGUGGGGGCCGGGAGGAGGGGAGUCAAUAAGUCCCCCCCUCCUCAUUUUACUUGGGGCCCCCAUCCGCCGCUUAUGGGUGGGGGCCAGAGGAGGGAGACAAUAGGUCCCCUCUCUCCUUUUGUUACUUUUGGCCUCCACCAGCCGCUCAUGGGUGGGGGCCGGAAGGGGGAGACAAUAGCUGCCCCCCUCCUUUUGUUACUUAGGGCCCCCACCCGCCGCUCAUGGGUGGAGGCCGGGAGGAGUCAGUAUGCCCCUCCCCUUUUGUAAUUACACUCUCACCCGUGGCUCAUGGGUGCGGGCUGCGUGGGGGGAACCCGUUCCUUUGAAUAGCCUGGACACCAUGGGCACCUGUACUAGGUCCCCCAUGAAUUGAGUCAGGGGGUGAGGAGCUUAUUUUUUUAGAGCAGUGAGCAGGCACAGGCUGCUCACUGUUUAGUUGACAUGCCCUUACUCUCUGUAAAGCGAGUAGGGGCAUUUGGGAGAUUUUAAUCUCCUUUAUGCUAAUAUGGGGGUCAUAUUGACUCCCAUAGAGUAAGGGAGGAGAUGGGGGGCUUAGGAAGUGGCAGGGAGCACUGCUCCCUGCCGCUUCUAUUUUUACAUAUUACAAAGAGGGAGCUGUGCACCGGUAGCCCCCUCCUUGUAAUAAACUAAACGAACACCGACAUUCGAUGUUUGUUUGAAAUUUCUAUUCAUUUGUCUUUCUGCCGAAUUAAUAAAUAGACGAAAUUCUCGUAGCAAAUGCCCAAGUAUUUAACCGGGCAUGCACGGGAAUUUUCAUUUUUUUUUUUCAUUUCAGACGUGUACCUGCCCUGCAUAAGUUUGAAAAUGCUUAUGUAAUUCAGGCCUUGGUACAAUGUCAUCGUCAAUAAGCCGCAGGCAGGUAUUCCUGCAAAUCUAUUGAUUUUAAUAAUCCCUCCCACCCGGAUCCCCCCUAUCUCUGUAUUAAUUCUUAGUAUAAGUUUUUUGUCUGUCUACUUUACUCAUCUGGACUUGGAGAAAGAGAGCCUCUUAUAUCCUAUAUAGUCUCCCUUCAUCUGGUCUUAAAAAAAAAAAAAAAAAGAGAGGUCACUGCAUAGAAAAAAGAGAGCCUGAUAUAUUAUCCAUUUUGUUUAUCCAUGUGUCCCAGUCUUCUGUUUGCUUAUAUCUGUAGAAUUCCCCAGAAUACCCCUUUCCAUUCUUGAUUGCCAUAUAACUUGUUUUAUUAGUUCAUUGAUGCAUGGAAUUAUCCCUGUUUUUCAAUUUCCUGCUAAGAGUAAUUUAGCUGCCGUAAUUAUGUGUAAUAUUAACAUUUUAGUAAAACCACUUCAGGCUUAAGAGGUAAAUUUAUUCCCGUUAUUUGAUGUAUUAUCUAAAUUACUUCUUUCCAAAAUUUGUUUAUGAAUGUGCACUGCCACCAGAUAUGGAUCAUAUUACCUUCAUAAAUAUAUUGCAUUUCCAGCAUCUGUCUGAUAACUGGGAAGAUUUUCUUUAAGCGUUCCGCUGCAAUUUCACAGUGCUAUCUAGUGUGGGCAGAUGACUUGUCCCACAGGGACUUCAUCUACCCACACAAAGAUGGCGGCGCCCAGGACCUAGGUCCGGGCAUAAAUGAAACUUAUUAAAAAAAAGUGAAUUGGGGUACAAUAAAAUGUAAAGUGCCGCUUUAAGCUAUGUAUUUGCACCGUGGGAGAGCAGUCACGUUGUAAAUAAAGUUAUUAUUAUUCAAGCCCCAUUAGUAUAUAGUUUACGUAUUUGUUCUCCUUAAAUCUGAGCCUCCCUAAAUUUCAAAAUUUUGGAUGACGUGGACUCUAAAAAUGUUACCAUCAACAUCUAACAUUUUUCAGAUAUUUUAUUUUGAAUUGAAUAUGUUUUACAAAAACAAUUGUUAUGACAUCUGCCGGUUAACUUAAUAGUAAUGUUCAGUAGAGUAGAAAGCUUCCCCCCCCCAUGUUUUCCAAUCAGAAGAGACCGAAUGCUAAAUGACCAAUACCAUACAUCCUUCCUAUUCUUCUGUUAGAAUGCGUUGUCCUAUCAUGAUGCUUGUUCGAGGAGCUGAAUUCCUACUGGUUGCUAGACAAUCCCUUAACCCUAAACACUAAUUGCAAUACCUAACCAUAUUCUCCAGUGAUCAAUUAUAUUAUAAAGAUAGAGCAUUACAAAAUAAACAAAAAAGAUACACAGCUGUUUAGCUUCCCUCUGUUCACUGCAGAAGUUUGUGAGAAGUAGUUUCCCCAGAAGUAAUUUCACUCGUCACUUUGGAAUGAGUGGAACUGCUCCGUAAACUGGAAAGACAUACUGCAGAUGCUAUACACAUAAGCACACUUCACUGUUUAGUGAAUCUGCCAUGUUAAGCUCUUAGGAGAGCUGUUAGAGGGGACAGUGAUCAAAUAAGAAUUCUUAUGAUGGUAGUGUUUUUCGCUGUGCUUAGGUUGUUGGACACUCUAUUUUUUUUUGUAAAUAUAAUUUGUAUUUUCGUUUCGAGGCAGUUAUACUUCGUUUGGACUCGCAGGUCCGUCACUUGGUAAGUGCAAAGAGUAAGUCAGCAGCGUUGUAAAGGUAUAUAACAGUGCGAGCUCGCAGGUUGGACGCUCUAUUAACAAUAAUAAAACUACAUUUUUUAUCCAGCGCCAUCCCGAUCUUGACCAUACAGCCUCUACUCCAAUUCUGAGAUCAUCCUUAUGGAUGUUCUUGGGCCAAUCCAAUGAUUCUCCUAGAGAAGCAUAUAGUGGUUAUGGUGCUUGGGAGUGUUCCUUUCAGUAAAAUGCUGCUUACUUUGUAUUGCCCUGACUAGUUUUGUGCUUUCUGUAGCACUGGCUUGACUUUCUUUAACCAUUGCAAGCUCAUUAAUAAACAGAAAUGGACCCAAAACAGAUCCCUGAGGGGACUCCAUUUACCACAUUUGUACAACUUGAAAACUUUCUAUUAACAACUACUCUUUGCAAGCUGUCUUUAAGUCAUAGUGCGAUCCAAAUACAUACAUAUCCAGUGCUUUACCAAAAUCUAAAAUGAUCACAUUCACGAUACACCCUGAUCUAUACUACUUCUGACAUCUUCAAAGAAUGAAAGUUGUAGUCACCAACAGCUCCGGAUCCUGCAUCAGCCACUCAAGUUUAACCUUGAAAAAGUCAGUGUUUAUAAUGAUUCCCAUGAUAUUUGAAACUCUUGGAAGUGCAAUGUUCAUUGGGUGCCUUCAUUAAAAACUUUGGACGUCUUGGGUUUCGAUGAUGCAUAUCCAGCUAUGAGGGGUCCGAGGACAUGCUCUUAUUUGUUUGAGGAAAUUCUAUAAUUGUAAAUAACAUGUAAAAUCAAGAUUUGGAAAUAAAAUGUUUUUUUUUUGUUUGUUUUUUUAGAUUGCCAUCCCUAAUAAUAUCCGGCUAAAAUGCAUAUCCUGGAACAAGGACCAAGGCUACAUCGCUUGUGGAGGGGAAUCAGGGCUGCUCAAAGUUCUAAAACUGGAAAUGCAAAGUGGUAAAUAAAAAUAUAUUGACAUUUUAGUUGUAUUUUUGGACCUCUCUGUAUUUACUGGUUUUAGGAAAACGGAUAACUGCUUGUUUUGAGACAUACUCCGUAAUUUUGGAAUACAAACAAGGCUAAGCAGUGUGUCCCAGAUCUGGCACUAGAAAAUAUAUAGCUUUUUCCGUGGAUGCUGAUUAUUAUCCAGAAGUGAAAGGAAGAAAAGUCAAACCUGUAUAUUAGAACCGAGCUAGCAUGCGAAAAGUCAAUAUUUUCUAUUCAUCAUUUCCUGAUUUAGGAUUCUGUACAUUCUGUGCUGCCAGUUAGCUCUGUUCAGGCUCCUCAGGAGCAGAAGGUGCUGACCUUCAAUGCACAAUUCAUUGAGCUCUGUAUGUAUCUAUUUAAUGUGUCCUGUCAUGUAUUGUUGAACUACAAUCCCCAGAAUUCUCUGCCAACCACUUCUUUGUUUGGACAUUAUCUCCAGUUCCCUAAUUUGCAAUUUUUUUAAUGAGUGGCAGUGUUUAUGACUAUAUAAAGAUCAUUCACAGUUUUGAAUUUCUUUACCUAUUUCUCUGUCUAAUCACUCUCUUCUGCCUUUAUCAGCGCCUAAUUACUAUGAAUAUUAAAGGGACACUGUAGGCACUAUUACCAUUUAAUCUCAUUGAAUUGGUUAUAGUGCCCUGGAGUUCCUGUCACUUUGCCUCCAUUCAGUGUUAAACAGUUUUUGAGCAAGUUAGCACUGAAUGAGGAUCCAUGGCUUCCCAUAGCCCCGCCCAUGGAGGUAUAGCUAAGGAUUACACACUUUCUUUUACCCAUGCCAAGUCAUACCAGCAAUGGCAUUGUGAUGAGCCGAAUCCGCACAGAGGAGAUGAAUUGCUGGGUAAUCUUGUUUAGCAUUAAAAUAUUAAAACCGGUUUAAUGCUGAAUGGAAGGUCAGCCUAAGCGUACACCUGUAGACACAUAUACAGUAAUCCACAAAACAUUCCAUUUGCAAAUGAAUAUACUUCCGUCAGUAAAAAAAUAAACAAACUUUUUGCACAUAUUUAGGUAUAGUGCCUGAACCUUUCCAGUUUUCUGUCUUUCUUAGUCUAGGACAGCUCAUGCUCUAGUUUAAUAAUUAGCUUUAUGGUACGGUUUUAUGUAAAUUUUACUGUAAACCAUUUUUCCAUAGUACUCCCAUGUUUAAUCUAAGAAUGGAAUUCCAAACAUGGCUUGUUAUAGAGGCGGUUUGUCUAAACACUGGUCCUUUAAGGAAUUACUUAGAAACUCUGCUCAGCUACCAUAGGGUGCACUAUCUGAAAACCAUAGCAUAUACAAUUUUACAUUAAUGUUUUAUAGAUUCAAAAACCUUCACAAUUGUUAAUAUGGCUUUAUUUUCUGUUUUGUUACAAUUGAAUAAUGUUCUUUUUUUUUCAGAUGAUGCAAAGUUAAAAGGACUUGCAGCUCCAAGUAAUCUUUCUAUGAACCAGGCUCUAGAAGGACAUACAAGUAAGAUAUUUGUAAAAACAAAAACUAUGGAAUUCUUAAUUCAAAUGAGAAGAUCUUUAUUGGAAGAGGAACUAUCACCUUUUAGUUGGUGACAGUCCUGUAUGACUUCACUCUCAAUAAACUAUGUUGACGAAUGUGUUGGUUGAUUUGUGCGACAGAAGUAAAUAUAGUACAUACUUUCUUCCUCAUUAGAAUGAUCACAUAUUCUGGGGUGUGGGCGACACUGUUUAGCUAAAGCAAGAGGCCUUGAUUUAAUCUGUUUAAAUACGAUUUAUAAAUGAUUACAAUCUGUUAGAUAGAUUACAAUCUGUGAGUUCUGUAGAUAAGUCAUUUCAAAAAUGUUUCCAACAGAUUGUGAACAUUUGAAAAGCUUAUCCAAAAGAAUCAAAUCAAAGCCAGAGUGGGUGUUUAAUUUAUCAUAAAACUUUAUCUUAUAAACAAAAUGUGCUGCAAAAAAUUAAAUCGUGGUAACUUCGCUGUCAAGCUCCCCCAACAUAAGUGCUUGACAAGCAGCAAACACCAUCUUUAGUUGUGUGGCACUAGGGAUUGGCCUGUUUUUAUUUUAUAAUUCUUUAUUUUUGUAGUGCAUUGUUAUUCGAUCUCAUGGGAGUAAAAACAUGUAAUUGUAUAACAUUAUAACAUUAAAAAUUGUAAGUAGAUUGGCCUGUUUUUAAAGGAACACACCAAGCACUAUAAACACUACACGGUGUGAUAAUGAUUAUGGUACCCAGACUGCCCAGGUGCCUUCCCCAUGUAAGUGGUCAAAGCAUUUGCUAGCAGUUUGACAAUUUAUCUGGGGUCUCCCUGGCACAGCUCACUUUUUCCCUUGAGAGCCAGAAACUCCUUUAUGCAGCUUACCUUAGUUAACGCAAUGCUUGAGAGUGUCACCGGAUCGAUCUCCGUCAGUUAGUUGCGCUUCUGGCUCUCAAUGGAGGAGAUGCAAGGUGGACCCCAGAUAAAUUGUCAACCUGUUUGUAGACUGUUGGACUACUAACACUGGGGGACACUCCUGGCACGAUACCCACUACAGUGGUAUGGUGCUUGAGAGUUCUUUUAAAUAUUUGUUGACUAAUUUUUACGUAAUUAACACUUUCUGUGUUUAUGAUUUGGAUCUGCAGGCUCUGUUCAGGUGGUGACAUGGAAUGAACAUUUCCAAAAAUUAACUACAAGUGAUCAGAGUGGUUUAAUCAUUGUGUGGAUGCUGUACAAAGGUAAAUAUAGAUCAACACUAUUCAUAUCCCUGAUAUAAAUUACUGUUGUGCAUCAUCUAUAUAUAAUCAAAAUUUCCCUUUGCUCAUCAGCUACAUACCUCAAAAUUCUUCUAUAAUUGAUCCAGAAUUCCUGGUUUGACAUGCAAAUGAGACAGGCUUUGAUUUUUAGACUUCAUAUUGGAAUUCUGCAGUAACCCUGCAGUAACCCUACAAGGACCAAUGACCAGAAAACAACCAUGGACUGUACAUUGCUUUUAAGCAUUAAUGUCUCUAAAACAGAAGCAGUGUCCUGUGCACCACUGCUAGAACGCAUUAAAACUAAUUAAUUAUCCUCAUCUUUAAAAGGCUUCUUAUGAAAUAAUACAUUAAAAAAAAAUAUGCAUGUAGCAAGUCUUUUUAUCUCAAACUUGAGGAGGACAUAAGACAUAGAUCUUAAGACAUCAGCCAUUCGUUUCAGUUUGUGACUAAAGUCAGUGUCAUUUAUCUAGGGUCCUGGUAUGAAGAGAUGAUUAAUAACAGAAAUAAAUCAGUUGUACGUGGAAUGAGUUGGAAUGCUGAUGGACAGAAGAUCUGUAUUGUAUAUGAAGAUGGAGCAGUCAUUGUAGGCUCUGUGGAAGGUACAGAUUCUGUGUUGUGAUUUCUUUAGUUUUUUUUAAUUUCCAUUUUUAAAUCCUAUUAUUAGUGACAUUGGCUCAAAAGUUAUUUUUUUUAUGUAUUAUGGUCUACUACUGGUAACUAAAUAAAAAGAGGACAUUUUUUUUAAUUUCAAGUAAAUGUACACAGCAGCCACUCUAGAAGGGGCUAAUUCUUGUAUAAAAGAUCAAAACCUCGUAGCUACAAUGACAAAGGUUAUCGUAAUGCACCUUUAUCUGCUUAUAUUAUGAUUGUGUUUGUGCAGAAGCCUGCCAACUGCUGAAUAAUCAUUUGUAGAUUAGUUCUUCAUCUUUGGAAACUUGUUUCAACAAUGGAAUUUAGCCAUCACUAGGCUGGCUUUAAAUGUGGCUUUUGCAAACUACAUUUAAACAAGUUCUGAAGGACCACAAAUAGCCAAGAAUCAGGGAUCACCCAAUUCUUUACCAAUAACAUUAACAUUCACUCUCUAUUUAUAUAUUACAUACAAUAUUUCUAAUCAAUAUUUACAUUGGUCAUGAUUGCUACUGAUGGUUCAACAUUCAGGGAUUAGGCAAUUCUUUCUAUUUGUGGUCUGCUUUGAGAAUUAAAAGCCUAGAUUAUUUCUUGUAUGACAGUGAAAUGCUUUAUAAUUAGACUAACACAUAUAAUACCUAUAUUUCUGCACUAGCCCUUAGGAUAUAAGUGCUAAACAGUGUCAUUUCCCUUAGUGAUAUUGUGACAUUUAUAUAUAUUUUUUCCAGGUUUUCAAAUUCAUAUAUUUCUUCCAGGUGUUGGAAAUACAUUAGUUUUUUUUGUACUGUAAUAUACAUUUUUCAUUAUAUAAAUCCUGUAACUAUUUGUAUCUGUGUCGACAGGCAAUCGCAUUUGGGGCAAAGAACUGAAAGGAAUCCAGUUGUGCCAUGUUGUAUGGUCGCCUGACAGCAAAAUCCUCCUCUUUGGGAUGGCGAAUGGGGAAAUCCACAUAUAUGACAACCAGGGAAAUUUUAUUGUAAGUUGUGUAAUGGUGGUACGAAUAAAAAUAACUUUUGUACUCACAAUUGUGUGUAACCAUGAAAGAUAACCACAACAAAAGGUUGUCGAGUUUGAAGUGUCAGCAUUACUGAGCUGUUUUCUGAUUUCCUGCAUGACGAGCAGUGCUGUGUCCGUGUAGGUUAAUAUGGUGACAUUUUUAAUGUUGCUGUUGCUGUUAGCGGUAGGUAACACUUAUGUCGCGCAUUUAAAUAUGAUCACUGUGAGAAAGGUGUAUAGUGUUAUUACGCACAUCACACAGUUAAUCUAUUGAUCACUAAUCAGUGAGGACAUACAGGUGGUGAUUCAUUAGGAUGUCAUGUUCUUUAUUGGGUAUCUCUAUAUUAAGCAUAAUCUUCAGGCUUUUUAAUGUAUUGUAUUCACAUUGAUUUCUAGGUGAAAAUGGUCUUAAGCUGUUUAGUGAAUGUGACCGGUGCUCUUAGCAUUGCUGGCAUGGAUUGGUACCCAGGAACCAAGGGUUAUGUGGAGCCAGAUUGCCCCUGCCUUGCCAUCUGUUUUGACAAUGGGAGAUGCCAAAUAAUGAGGCAUGAAAAUGAUGAAAGUAAGUAAAGUUUUUCUCCCUGCAAUAUGUUGGAAUGAGACAAAUCUUUUAGGUUACACAUCUUAUAAGCAAUUAGGAAAGUAAGAAAUCAGAGACUCCUGGGAGUUGGACAAAGCCUCUAGAAGUCAAACCAAAUUUAUAGGAAUAAAAUAUACACUUUGUAGCAAAUGUGCAAACUAAAAUAAAGCAAGAAAAAAAAGUAUAUUUUAAAAAACGUUUAUAAACUUCCUAGAAACUUGGUUAGAUUACAUUGUUGGGUACACCUCUCAGCUAGGUGGGGUUUUUCAGCCUCCACCCACUUGUCCAGAACCAGUCUACUAAUGACAGAAACAGGACGUGAUUGUGUAGCAGCAAUAAGCUCCUCAUUCUCCCUGACACAGCAGGGAUAUAGAAACCCCACAACCGGACACUGCUCUGCAUGAUUCACUCUUCUCCCACUAUCAGGAUGUUGGUGAAGAGCUCUUCCAAUUGUAUGUACGUAAAUCUGUCAUGCAUGCCCAGUGCACUUUUCUAGCAUUCCUAGUGAUAGAAUUCUGAUUGGUUAGAUCAGUGCCCCCCUUAGGUGGUUGUGGAAAGCAUAAGAAAGAAUAAGCAAAAAUUCAUAGUUACCUGUUUUGUUUCAGCUUGCAGAGUGAGAAGCAGAUAUUCAGCAGUGGUUUCAAUCUCUGUGGGAGAAAUGUGCUUCUCAACGGAGUCACCACAAGCCUUUAAACCAGGCCUUCUUUGUUCACAUAGACAGGGAUCUGUAGGUGGUUUAUCAAUUUAUACCUAUUAAACACACAGGAUAAAGGGCAGCUUUCUAGUUAUCACUUGGAAGAAAAAAUGAGCAAUGUUGCAUUAAUUUAAAUGCAAUUGCGAAUCCUUUUUUUUUUUUUUUUGCACCCCCAAUUCAUUAAUAGUGAGGAUUCCCAUAAUCAGCCUUACCAGAGUGCUAUUGCAUUAUUAGUGGGUUACACUAAGUAGCUAUAUUAUGCCACACUGUUAACUUAUCAAAUAAUACAGUUUUUUCCUAAAACCAAUAUUUUUUUUCUUCUGUUAAACGUGUAGACCCGGUUCUGAUUGACACUGGGAUGUUUGUGGUCAGCAUCCAGUGGAAUCACUGCGGCAGUGUGCUGGCUGUAGCCGGGUCCCAGAAAGCUGCAAACCAGGAUAAGGAUGUGAAUAUUGUGCAGUUCUAUACUCCAUUUGGCGAGGUAAUGUAUUAUAGUAUGGGCUAAUUCUACUGGUAUUUGGCUCAUGGGAACUGUAGUUCAUGACAGCUGGAGUAUCACUUGUCAAGCGUCAGUGCCCUAUUUCAGCAUGAAAUGUUCUAUUCUUUCAGUACCAGCAGGUAUUUGCAGGGUGUUUCUUUGUAAACAAUGAGGAUUUUGUAUACUGGUUAUAAAAUAUUGUGGUGACUGCAUGUAAUCCUCUUUAGAUUGUUAAAACUAAAUUGUUAAAAUAAAUCCUUCUGUAUGUGACAUUAGGGAAACCAUCCCGAACUGUUAUUCACAUCAGGUAUACUGACAGCAGGCUCUCACUUCUCACUGGGUGGCAACCAGACAUGUAUUGUCCUUUAUGUAACUGCAAUCCCUCCUGAGGGUUAGAGCGUGUUGCAUGUCUAUCAGAUGGUAUUCUUACUAUUCUGUUACAAUUUAUGAACCCGAUUGCAAUGUGUAUAUAUAAUGCUGAAUAUUCAGCGAUCUGGUGUUAACUGUAUACCCUGUGUCUGUAUGUUUUGUGUCUGAAAAUUAUUAUAAAAAAAAUGCAAUAAAAAAUAUAAAAUAGUGAAACCAUCUGCACAUUACAUUUUCAGGUUACACAUUGGGACAUUUGCAUUUAUUAUUUCUUCAGAGUUAUUCAGUUACUCUCUUUCCGUUUGCUUCCCCAGCACUUGCGUACUUUGAAUGUUCCUGGAAAGCAGAUUGCAGCAGUGUCGUGGGAAGGUGGAGGACUAAGAAUUGGACUGGCUGUGGAUUCAUUCAUUUACUUUGCCAACAUCCGGCCAGAUUAUAAGGUCAGAAGAUCCUUCAAUGUGUUUAGGAAAUGGAUGCAGGAACCUAACAAAGACUGGUGGUCAUUUUAAUAUUUUAAUAAAUUAGCUCUUUUGUCAAGUGUUUUGAAAGGAAUACAAAGUAUAAGAUACACUGUAAUACUGGACUCCUAGUCCUUACUUUGGUCUGAUACCUGUUGUACAUAUGUGUGUCUUUCAUAAAAUGAAAAAGUCCUGUCAGCCACUCAAAAUCUAAGUGUAAUAUUAUUUGAUUAGUCAACAAAAAUGUUAAUUCUUUAAAUUGACAUCUGUGUUAAAAAACACUAUAGCACUAGGAAUACAAAACCCUUCUAACACUUCCCUUAUUCCAGCGCUGAGGUCUGACGUCAUCGCGAGGGGAACCUAAUGCACACGUGUGGCAAGCCCCAUGUGCACGUUAGGCCUCCCCUUAGUAAAGGGGAUUCAGAAGACACUGGGCAUCCUCAUUCAAAGUGUGAGGACGUCCAGCAUCGUUCCAUGUAGUUAAACUCAGUGAAACUGCUAUCUUGUAGACACCCACAAGAGGCAGUCUGAGGAAGGCUAGACGCCGAAACGUUGGGGUUGUAUUAUCUCCUGCUCUAGGUCAGUAUGCCUGCAUUGUUAUAGGUUUCAACUUUGAGGACUUACUAUUGUAUCUAUAGUGGUUAUGGGUUUGUUAUCUACUGUUUACAUGCCUGUAUUGUUGUCUGCACUUUCUUUGUAUAACUUAUGUUUAUCUCAAGUUUACUCUGGUGUGCUUUGGGUUAUUCUCUGCUAGUUAAACUCUGUGAAACAGCAUGAACUGCCUCUAGUGGCUGUCUGGUAGACGCCCACAAGAGACAGUCUUAAUUCUGCAAUGAAAACCGUGCAGUUUCUUUAAAACUGCAGUAUUAAGGGGGACAGAGACCACUUCAAUCAGAUGAUGUGGUCUGGGUGCCUAUAAUGUCCCAUUAAGGGAGUAUGAUACAUAACUUUGAAUAAAAAAAGCUAUGGUCUGUGGUGAAGGAAUUCUGUUUUGCCUUUUUGUGGAAUAUUGGCGCAGUAAGUGUCAUGAUUUUGGGCAGGUCAGACAGGAGACUUAUGUCAGGGUUUCCUUCAGGUAGUUUAUUUGUUUUUUCAGGCAUGGUUCAGACAAAGGUAACAAUACGAAAUAAUAAGUUAAACAGAGAAAAGGAAUAAUAAAGAUAAAGGGGGUAAACAGAAUUACAGGUGAGUAAAUAGAAGGUGAAAUAAUAGAGGUUUAGGCAAUGUGCCCCAAAACAGGAAUACAGGAAAUUGAAAAGCAAUUAGUAAAAACUAAACAGGAAUAUAAAGGGAUACAGUAGAACAGGUUGAAGCAAAGUAAUGGAGGUGAUCAGCCUCUUUGGGUUAAAAAACAAAACUGUAGAUUCAAGGUGUUUGAGGAUACUUGCAAAUAAUAAUGGCCAUAAUAUCCAGGCAGGUUGGGAGGAAAAACAAUAUGAAACCAAAGUCCAGUUUAGAAAUAAAACAGGAUUGAAUCGGAUGAAGCAAGAUGGGAUGAAACAGGCUGCUUGUAGAUAAGUAGAGGUGGAGGAGGUUGUCAGGAUUCAGGAACGGGUCUUUCUCAACAUCAGGUUAUAAACAAAUCUCAGUAUGAGCCAGGAGCAGAGCACAGCUUCUCUCUCUCAAUGUGAGCAGGGUGUAACCUUAUGAAGCCUCUUCAUUAGUUCAGACAGGUGAGGAUGAUAAGGUGACUGAGGUGGCUAGGGAGGCCACAAGCAAGUAUUGCAUGAAAUAAUAAGAAUAAUAACCUGGUUGUCAGGAUAGGAUCAUGACAGUAAGCUUGUGUUCCUUCUUAAGGGUUAGUGGGUUUACGUUUUAAUGAACAAUUUGCCAUCCUUUUGUUUUUAUAUUCCAGCCUCUGCCCACUAUAAGGGAGACCUCAAUAUGCUUUGAUAUGAUAUUUGAAGUGAGAUAUGCCAUGGAGGACUGUAGCAUGUGCACCCAAAAAGUAUUUGUUUUCCUUUAUUUAUGCAUUAAAUGUUUGGUAUUUGUUUUAUGCAGUGGGGGUAUUGUUCCAACACUGUGAUAUAUGCCUACACAAGACCUGAUCGGCCAGAAUACUGCGUUGUCUUCUGGGACACAAAAAACAAUGAAAAGUAUGUGAAAUACGUCAAGAGUCUGAUUUCUGUUUCUACGUGUGGAGAUUUCUGCAUUUUAGCUACCAAAGUUGAUGAAAAUCAUCAACAGGUUUGUAUUUUGUUUAUCUAAACUUAAUAAAGCAAUGCGUUAUGACCAUAUGCUAAGAAUCUCUGCCUGUAUCCCAUACUUGCGUGUUUUGCCUUUCCCUUGCAUUAUCUAAAGCCAUAGAUGGGUAUGCCACUAGUAAUGUAUGUGUGCAGAAAUACAUUAAUUUAUGUAAGAAUACAUUUUGUAUUUGUUUGUUUCUUCUUACAGGAAGAAAAUGAGACUGAGCCAAAUGGAGCAACGGUAAAUCCCUUUUUACUAUUAAUUUGGUAUUCGUUUUACCAUACCCCAUUUUGUAAAAUACCCUCUAAGGAUUGACAAUUCCUUAUCAAAAAAGAGAUGCAUACAAUACAUUUAAUAUUGGGUGCACGGUGGGUAUGAGGUAAAUGGGUUUUGUGAAGAGGUAGCAGAGCUUUAACAGAAAACCACAUUUUAGCUGCUACAUUGUGUAGGUGAAAGCCAGUGUGAGUCAUAUUCAUUUUUAUCCUAUUAGAUGCAUAUCUGCUUUAAAGGGACACUAUAGGUACCCAGACCACUUCAGCUCAUUGAAGUAAUUUGGGUGCAAAGUUCCAGGUCCCUUAACCCUGCAAAGGUAAUUAUUGCAGUUUUUAAUAAACUGCAAUAAUUACCUUUCAGAGUUAACUCCACCUCUAGCUAGCUGUCUACCAGACAGUCACUAGAAGGGACUUUUGGUCGACUAACUAAUGCUAUUCAUGGGGACGUCCAGCAUUACCCAAAACCCCAUCGGAAAGCAUUGCAUAAGGUUUUCCUAUGGGGAAGUCCUAAUGCAAAAACGCCCAUUAUUUUUAACCCAUUCUGCACCAUGGGGGGAGGAGGGAUUAAAAGCAAUUGCUGUUUUUUGCAUUAGGACUUCCCCAUAGGAAAACAUUAUGCACUAUAGUUUCCCUUUAAAAUAUCCUAUAAAAUAUAGAGCUCAAUUUAAAAUUCUGGUUCUUGCUUUCAAAUCUCUACAUAAUGCUGCUCCCACCUAUUUAUCCUCCCCUAUACACAAGUAUGUCCCGUCUAGGCCCUUACGAUCUGCUGAAGACUUACAUCUAUCGUCUUUCCGUACUCCCACCUCUGAUGGUCGCCUUCAAGAUUUCUCGAGGGCUGCACCGUUAUUGUGGAACUCGCUUCCCUCCUCCGUUAGAUGCUCACCCAGUCUCCACUCCUUCAAAAAAAUCGUUAAAAACCCACUUCUUCAUAAAAGUGUAUCAAUUAAACUGUUAAUAGCUCCUAACUGAUUCCUGUUCUGCAACUGUCAUUAGUCUAAUACUAUCCUUACCUUUUUGUGUCAUUUUACCCCACUCCCUCUAGCAUGUAAGCUCAUUGAGCAGGGCCCUCAACCCCUCUGUUCCUGUGUGUCCAACUUGUCUGGUUACAACUACGUGUCUGUUCGUCCACCCAUUGUAAAGCGCUGCGGAAUUUGACGGCGCUCUAUAAAUAUCAUAAUAAUAAUAAUAAGUUCCCAGCCAGUCGACUACCCAUUCGGUAACUAGUUUGGGAAGUCUGCCAACAAGAGAAUUUCAAUAAGUUUUGCAUUAAACUCCACAAAGGCUAUUCAGUAUUCUGAAUUAUUUCUCUAUGUUGGCUUGAGAAAACUCAAGAACUAUGUUCAGACUAUCUUGGCAAUUAAAUGAACACUAUAGCAUCAGGAAUAGAAACAUGUAUUCCUACUCGAUGAAGUCCUAACUAUUUAGACUGUUGGACCCCCCUUUAAGGGUUAAAAUAUGCAAUUUGCUUAUAUUGUAUCCCCCAGCGCACUGGUCUCACCGUGGCCACCUGCUCUCCUUUGCUGCGAUCAUCAAUAUUGAUGAUCUCAGCCAAUCCAAUGAGAGAAACAUUUUGAGGCUACUGUGCAUGAGCUGCAAAUAUCUGUGCUGCGCCACUCCUAGAGCGGUAUUUGAUUGAGGUCCGAUUUUGAUUCAGUUCUCAACACAGAAACACCUGGUGACUGUCAGGAACUACAGGAAACUAUUUCAGCCAAAAGCAGCAAAAUGUAUUAAAGUUGGGUUGAUGCCUGGAGUGUCCCUUUAAAUAUUUGCCAAACCAAACUCGCCUUUGCUCUUACUGUAUUUAAAAAUUGACUUUAGAGAAUUUCCAAAGAAGAGACACUCAAAUGCAUUAUAGACUUAAAUAAAAUAAUAGGUGGAAACAUUUUGUAUUGAAAGUAAUGUACUAGAACAAGAUGGCAUAAUUAUUUUCUUUAGUAUAGCACAGAACAUUUUUGAAGUUGUAUGGUUUGAGUGUGACUAUUGUCUGAUGUUCUACAAACAUAAUUUACUGAUCUGCUUUCUAAAUUAAGCCAAAUGUGACAAUAAUUCUUUAUUGUGACAGAGUAAGUAUAACCAGGCAGGAUAAUCUCUCGGGAAACGUUUGUCUUACUAUCUUUUUAUUUUUUUUAUUUAGUAUGUUUUGGUUUUGUGCAAUUCCAUUGGAACACCACUGGAUUCAAAAUACAUUGACAUAGGUAAGAUAAAAGAAGGGAAAUGAUCUCUGAAUGUUGUUGAUUAAGUGUAAUUUGUUGUAAAUAGAUAAAAAAUAAUGCCAAUUAAAAAAAUAGCUAAAAAAAAGAAUUAUUGUAUUGCUUAUUAUUGAAUCAUUACUGAAAUGUUCCAUAACAUAUAUAUUUUUUUUUUUGUAUGUUUACAACCCCCUGAUUAAAGGUGAUACAGCUCAUUGUAUACAGACAGGAUUUAAUGCUAAUUAACAUUUACACUGCAUAUUGCAUACUGAAGAAUAACAUGUUUAAUAGCUACCCAAAACUCUUUAAAAAUCUCUGUCCCAAAUGUACAUUUUUUUUCUUUGUCACUCAGUAAGGUUGAGUUAAACUUUUAGGUGUAACAUAUAGACGCUGAUGAAAUGAAGUUACUUUAUAUACUGUGAUUAUAAAGCAGGGAGGGAUUUGUAAUAAAUCAGCCGAAUAUUUUGAACCGUUUCAGCAUGUGAUCUGUUAUUACAUAAUAGCCUGAAAGAAGAAAAGUCUUUCAGUUGUUUGAAAGCAAAUAGCAACACUGUGUACAUACUGGCCACAUUUAACAAAUGGACCUUUCAUCGCUCUGCGGUAAACCCAGCCAAAUGUUAGCAUUUGUCUACUUUAUACUUCUCCUGCAAAAUUCCUUUUUAACUUCGAGAAGCCAGCUCCAGAAGAUCAUUCCCAGGACCGAGAAAAUAAGCUUUUUGUGCCAUUGUGGAAUGCAAAUUCGGAUGUGUUUGUUUUUCUCUCUAGUCUACUGCGCAUCACUUCAUUUGAAAUAGUACUGAAAGUUUCGAUUUAGUGUUACCUGCAGGGGAAGAUGUUUCUAUGCUUUAUUUACAUUACCUUGUUCCAUUCUAAAGCUCUGUUCUGUAUAUGCAGCACACCAUCAAUCCAAUGGCUUCACGGACAAAUAAAUCACUUGUCAAUAGCGGGUAUUUUCAGUUUAACUCUUUGAGUAUCAGAGGGCUUAGCAUUGCUUUGGUAUAGUAUAGAAAAUAAUACAUCGCAACAUUGAAACUAUGUCAGAAAAGUAUAUUGCUUGAAUUUAUCUGUUCUAACAUAAUAAUAAAAAUAAAUCAUGAUAUUGUAAAAGCCCAAUAAUUCUAUUUUGAGAAUGACAUUGGGUCAUUGAUUAGGAUGUCUGAUAGAAAGACACUUCCAUUUUUUGCUGGUAGAGAUUUACUGAUCCACAACAGCUGUUGCCCACACUGGAUUUAUACAAUAUAAUGUUCUUCAUUCCGUAAUGCUGGAACACAUUAUUAGAGAUUCAUAUGCAUUGUUCCCAUCAGGAUUAAGAUACUGUGUAACCUCAGGUUCCACUUUUAGAGUUAAUGGACAAUCCAUGUUUGUUUAGAGGGUACACAUUUGGAUUUUAACUGCCAUCAUUCCUACUCCUUAAAGAGGAUAAAGAACUUAUAGUUAGGCUCGUUUCAGCAGGGUCCUCUUCAACCUAUUGUUCCUGUAAGUUUUUGUAAUUGUCUCAUUUAUUGCUAAAUCUCCCCCUGUUAUAAUAUUGUAAAGCACUACGGAAUAUGCUGUCACUAUAUAAAUACCAGUAAUAUUAAUAAUAGUUCUCAGGAUCUCUGUUGUCUCUCUGAAACUAGGGCCACAUCAAUGAAUGUACCAUUGUAAUAACGUGUACCAUUAUUUCUGGGCACUAAUACGUCUGCACAGAGAUAAUGAAUGCAGCACCAUUAAGGACACUCAACAUUUUAGCUAGUGAAAUUGACUGAUAUGAUUCAUUUUAAAAAUCAUUUAGACACGUGGCAAGCAGCUUGGGCUUUCUACUCAAUCCAGCAAAAAUCUUACACGGUGACAUAGGUUAAAUAUCUCUAUAUUAUGUGUAGUUUGAAUUAUCUUUAAUUUCCAAGUGACUAAUCUUGGUCACAGUAUCAUAUUCGGAUAUAUUUCAAUUUUAUCUUCACAGUGCCAAUGUUUGUCACAGUAACCAAGACCCAUGUUAUAGCGGCCUCUAAGGAAGCAUUUUAUAUCUGGCAAUAUCGAGUGGCAAAGAGGCUUACAGCAAUGGAGAUUAAUCAGGUGUCCCGGAUCAGAAAGGAAGGUCGAGAACGGUAACUACUGUCCAUGCAAAAAUUGCAUGGGUUUUUUAAAUUUAAUAUUUUUUUUAUUUUACACCAUUUUCUGUCAGGAGGGUUUUGUGGAGGCUAGUUAUGCUAUCAUACAAUGGUAUUUGUUGGCUUAUUUCUGGAAUCCUGAUGCUUUCUUGUAGGAUAUUUCACAUUGAUGAUGCUCCAUCUGGGACUGUAGAAGGGACAUUGGAUUACACCAAAGCCACAGCAGUAAGUAGAAUCUUAAUGAAAUCUGAGAAUAUAAAAAUAAAUUUCAAAUUUAAAAGAACACUGCAUCUAAAAGACACAUCUAAAUGAAGGAACAGACAUCUAAAAGGUGUUAUAGUGCCACGAGGCCUCUGGAGGCACUCUUACCUCAAGGUAUUAAACCAUUAAUGGACGGUGACAUAGUUUUUUAUGGAGGCCGAGCUCACUGGUUAUAGGUACCUCAUCUCAAUGUAUUUUUUUUAAAGAGUGAGCAAACACAUUAUUUCUGCUAAUAGAAGUUGCCCCAAUAUACUUUUAAUUGUGUAUAGUCUUGUGAGGGGGGAUCUGUUAUUAUUUUCCUUUGAUGUUUGCCUGUUUUACUCUAUAUUAGCGGUACUGCAGAACACCUGUCGGAGGGAAAUACUAAUUCUUAAGCCCUCUGCACUGCCAAGUCUGGAAGUGUAAAUACAAAACCUGUGUUCUAAAUCUCCAACUUUGCCAAGAUCCAGGAAAUAGUUACUUCUUUGUUUGUGCUGGUCAUUGUCCAGUCAAUUGCGUCUCAUAGAGAAGUAUUGAGGACGAAGCCUGUGAUAGAGAUGGCUGGCUUCCUUGAGAUUUAAGAUUCAAUGUAAUAAAAAUGAAUAUGUUAAGACUCUCUGUUUUAGUGCUGUUUUAAUAUUUAUAUGUCUUAUAUGGUGUUGCUAUAUAUAUAUAUAGCUAUUUUGGAAGGGACACAAAGUCGCAACAGAGUGGUUUUAUUUUUUAUUUUCCUUUUUUUGUUUUCUUCUGACCAAUACACCUAGGAAGGGCUGAGGUCAAAAACCAGCAUCAGUAUGUUUUUUUAAUUUGUUAGUAAAGUUAGAUACACUUAAACACACACUAUGUGGCCAUCACCUAGCCAUGGUCAAAAUGUCUGGGGUUACCAUGCUGUGCGUGCUGACACUACACACAAAGGUUGCACAAAACCGAUUCUACCAGCUAGGAAUAGAGUAUUGCAGCUGUCAAAAAUGGGUCGCAAGAGAAUACUGAGAACGGGCAGCAAAAUAGUCUCGGGGUUAUCAAGCAUGCUUGUGCAGUGAAGCUCAGACCACAUACGGGCAGUCCAGACAAAGCAAGUUCUCUCUGCACACAAAACCGAUCGUUUCAGCCUUGUUAGGCAUCAUCAGUGAGGCAUAGGACACCGUGAGCAAGGGGUCCACGUCUGGAUUAUCCCUUUAAAAUUGUGGAGAGUCAAAAAUGGGUCGCAAGAGAAUACUGAGAACGGGCAGCAGCUGAAAUAGCCUGCCCUUCGGUCGGUCGGUAUUGCAGCUGGCUGACAGCCUAGGGAGGUGGUCCAACUCACAAGAAUAAAACCUCUUUUGAAUCCAGAACAAAAUAUUAAAAAAAAAAAAAAAAUCCUGUAGGCACAGGGUCUUGUCAAGAGCCAACAUAAACUACCUAGACAAACUGGGCUGAGAGUGGAUAUGGAAGUGUCAUUAUCAUCAUCAUAAUUCCAAAAUGACCAAGUAUGUGUCUUUAAACCAUAUCGAAAUGCUUAGGACAAAGUAAAUAUUUCUCAUUAUGCCAUUUGAGAAUUUAGUCACAUUAGGAUUUUAUUUUUCAAUAUAUCAUUUUUGAGUUUUGUCACAGAUAAAGAAGCAAAUGAAUGGAAAAAUGCACGCAUGACUAGUUUAACACAACAAAAAAUUAUGUUCAUUAUACAAGUGUGAGCAACCUGAAAUCCAUGAGUAUUGACAUAAUAUGCAUAAGAUUAUUAUCUUGCAUUGACAGUGGCUUAAGCUACAUCACUGGUGCAUAACUGGUGCUUACAGAAGAGAAACUGGUUCACUAGACAUAUAAGCAUAUCUAUAGCAUCUGCGAAUAUGGUAUUGACACCUAGGUAGGUGCUUAUAUUAGUUUUCCCAUGGGUACGGUGUUGGCGAGAUAGAUAACUGCCAUUUGUUACUCUGCCCUGGGACUACCUAUAUCACUUGGUGUAUACCGAGGUGAUCAUGACCUCAAGGUCUUUGGGCCUUUCUGUUGACUGAGUACUUCGAUAGUUCCGUUCAUGGAAUAUACCCUUUGUUGAACCCGUAUAGUUUCGUCAUGCUAACAAAUAACUUGGGGGACGGGGAAAAAUGGGAAGGGUGUAGAACCGGUAAGGGGUGGGAAGUUCCAGGAUAAUUCUUUUGACGCAUCUCCACAAACCUGUCAGCAAGGGACAGUCCUAAAAUAUAUGUUUAAGGGUUCCUGUGGCUUGUUUACAUCUUCAACACAUCUAGGAGGCAUUGGGGUAUAUUUGGGCAACUCUGGAAGGAACCAGAUACCAUCUCAUUAAUAGUUUACCAAUGAGAUAAGCUGCUGGAGGAAACUUUUAUGAGUUGGAUUGAGUCCCAUUAGGAUUUUAAUGUUUCAGUUUUCUUUUUCAGAUAACAAGAGAUCCAGUCUGUUGCAUCACUGCAUCUGAUAAAGUCCUCAUUAUGGUAAGUGGUCAUUCGAACAGUAUAGUUACACACUGCUGCUUCGGCAGUAUUGUGUGUGUUGGUUAAAGUGUGACUGGGGCACUUAUUACUGUAAUUGCUAACUGUGGCACUGCAGAUGUGCGUGGAGUUUAUUCCUUGGGGUGCAGUGACAGAGCAUCAUGGAAUAAAAUUAAAUAAAUUCUGUGAACCUCUGCAUUGCCCUUGUUAUUCUUCACUGUGGUAAUGAUGAUAUGUUUAACACUCUGCCCUUAUUAUGGAUCAAUGGAAAACAACCAUUUGGCACUUUAGCUAGUGGGGAGAAGGGUGCAGCAGUGCGGUCCCCUUUCUAGGUCCACAGUUUAGAAUUGCUGCAGCGUUCGUAUGUGACUUGUAUUCCACCAUUAAUGCUUAGAUUAAUUAAGGUUUUCGUCAAGCAUAGGUCUGAAUAUUUCACUCCAAUCAUAUAUAGCUACAAAAAGUGAUCAUGUGGCAAAAUGAACACACUAAGUUAAUAAUUUAAUGGCAAUAAAAAAGACAGAAAAAUCUUGAUUUAAUAUUUUUGAAAAAUAUCAAAAAUCAUAAAUACCUAAAAAAGUUAUGCAUAUAGAUGCAAUGUAAAACUAUAGUAAUUUUAAAUAAAUGGUGUAGCAGAUGUUACAGCAAUACUUUUGAUUUCUGUACAUUCGCUGACUUUUGAUCAUUUUUUUUGUUUUACACUUUAAAGGCACACUACGCAUUAUAACAUUUCAGCUCUGUGCUGUGCUUGGGUUUGCUGAAUUUCCUUCUUCCGUCCGUCUACCUCUGACAGCUUAGAAAGUCUACUCUUGCAGCCUGUCAUUGUCAUCUAAGGGUGUAACAGCAGGGAAGGGGCUGGCCUUUAGUCUUUAAGUCCUGUACGAGACAGGUUUGUGUCAAACCAUUUUAGGCAGUUUGACGAUAAAUGGAGUUUUACUGGAACCUGAAACCAAACACUUGCCUUCCCUUCGAAUAAUGAGGGAAAAAAGGAUAGAAUUAAGGUGCAUGGAGAGCCGCAUUUUAUUUUGUCUUUUGUUCGCUUUGACAAAAAAUAUGUAAAUGUCACCCAAAGACUCUUAACACCAUAAUCACUACAGCCGGCUCUAUGAUUUGGCCAUUCAUGUGUGGAAUUACACUCAUGUGUUAAAUCCUUCAGAAAUACUUGUAGCUUUGAUUUAUCACUAGUACAUAAUAUGUUUCUGAUCAAUAAAAAUGAGUACUUUACAUAAUUAACAUGAGUGUCCCCAUGUUUGUGAUGUUUCUGUCUGCUCUAAAUUCCUUUCCCCAGCAUAACCAGUAUUUCUGAAUUAUUUGCUUUUCUUUUUUUUUUUUUUUCUACAGUCGCGUGAAUCAGGAAUUGUGCACAGAUACAGUUUACCUAAUGUAGCUUUGGUGCAGAAAUAUAGCCUGAGCUACCGUGCAUAUCAAAUGAGCCUGAACUGCAAUUCCAAGUAUGUAUUCUGUGUAAAUCUGUGUUGUUGCUUUUACUUGCUCAGCUUAUAUUGUUUUGCAUGAAAUUUCCUGACAAAUAAUCUAUUGAUAAUAAGCCAAGUGUAGAUGUGCAAUAAAUUCCUGCAUAAACCUACUCAUUCAUUUUAAAUGUUUUAUAAUUUUAACACAUGUGAUGCAUUGUUUUUACUUUGAUGGCUGUAUUUUUAUUUGACUAUUUGUCUUUUUUCCCCAAUGUUCAGUCGCCUGGCUAUCAUAGAUAUUUCCGGAGUGUUAACUCUUGUGGACUUGGAAGCCAGAUACACAGAUGAUGCAGGGCAACAGUUGACUGGAGAGAAGCUUAAUUUUGAACGCAAGGAUGUGUGGGACAUGAAAUGGGCUAAUGAUAAUCCCGAUCUAUUUGCAGUGAUGGAGAAAACAAGGAUGUAUGUCUUCCGAAAUUUGGAUCCUGAGGUAAAUACUCCUUCACCCUGUUGCUCCCCCUCCUACCAUCCUGUCCUCCUCAAACUUUGCAACUCACUUCACUGAGAAGAUUUCUACAAUAAGGGAAGAGAUCUCUAACCUCUCUCCCUUCCCUUCCAAUUCAUCACCCAACCCCACUCCCUCUGCUGUUCUAUGCUCAUUCGCACCUUCCACAGCGGAAGAGGUUUCUGCUCUGCUCCGGUCCUCCCGUCCCACCACAUGUUCCCUCAAUCCUAUUCCCUCAUAUCUCAUCCGCACUCUAUCUUCCUCUCUUGCUCUUCCUCUCACUAAAAUUUUUAAUCUCUUCCUUUUCUCCGGCACAUUUCCUUCACUCUUCAAGCAUGCAACCAUAAUGCCUAUUUUGAAAAAGCCCAACCUUGACCCCAACUCCCCAUCCAACUACCGCCUUAUAUCGUAUGCCGUUUGCCUCCAAGAUCCUUGAGAGAGUUGUGUAUGUGAGAUUGACAGACUUCCUCAAAUCCAACUCUCUGCUUAAACCGCUUCAGUCUGGAUUCCGCACUCGUCACUCGUUGAAACAGCUGUGACCAAAGUAUCCAACGAUUUAAUUGCUGCUAAAUCUCGCAACCAUUACUCUAUCCUAAUUCUCCUUGAUCUCUCUGCUGCCUUUGACACUGUUGAUCAUUAACACUUUCUUCUCAUUCUCUGUAAUCUCUGUCUACGGGAUACUGCUCUCUCCUGGUGCUUCUCCUACCUCUCCCAGUGCUCUUUCAGUGUUUCUUUCUCUGGCUCUGCCUAUUCUCCCCAACCACUCUCUGUUGGCAUUCCCCAAAGUUCUGUCCUUGGUCCCCUACUGUUCUCUAUCUAUACUACCUCCCUUGGUAAAUUCAUCAACUCCUUUGGCUUCCAUUAUCAUUUAUAUGCAGAUGACACGCAAAUCUACCUGUCCUCUCCUGAUCUCUCUACGCCCAUCUUGACUCGUGUCUCUAACUGCCUCUCUGCGAUUUCCAACUGGAUGGCUGCUCACUUUCUUAAACUCAGCCUGUCCAAAACAGAACAUCUGGUCUUUCCUCCCAGUUGCUACUCCCGUGUCUGUCUCCCUCCAAGCCACCAUCACCUCUACCUCGCAGGGGCUCGCUGCCUAGGUGUUCUCUUUGACUCUGACCUCUUUUUCACCCCUCAUGUCCAGUUGAUCGCCAAAUCCUGCUGCUUCCAUCUCAAAAACAUAGCUCGCAUUCACCCUUUUUUAAACACCAGAUGCGGCUACGGUGCUAGUCCAUGCCUUUGUUCUUUCUCGCCUUGACUACUGCAGUCCCUUUCUCAGUGGUCUUAGGUGUUGCCAGAUUGCACCACUGUUCUCUAUAUUGAAUGCGACCGCAAAGCUCACGUUUCUGUCCGCCCCACCUUCCAUGCCUUCCCCCUCUGUCAGUCCAUACAUUGGCUUCCAGUUACAUAUAUGGCUCAAUUUAAGAUUCUGCUGCUUGCUUACAAGUUCUGUCAUAAUGCUACUCCAAUCUACCUAUCCUCCCUAAUACACAAAUAUGUCCCGUCAAGGCCCCUGCGCUCUGCUGAAGACCUACGCCUAUCCUCUGUCUAGACUCCCACAUCUGACGCUCUCCUCCAAAACUUCUCCAGGGCUGCACGUUUUCUGUGGAACUCCCUUCCCUUCUCCGUUAGACUUUCACCCAGUCUCCACUCCUUCAAAAAAUCUUUGAAAACUCACUUCUUCUGGAAAGCAUAUAAUUUAAACUGUUAGCAGAUUUUCAUUCACCCCUCCCCCCCAGACUCCUCUCCUACAACUGUCAAAAAUAACCUACUAAGUUCUCAGUGAUUACUUUUCUAGCAGCCUAUUUCAUUACCCCUACUUAUACCCUUUGUGUCACUAUACCCCACUCCCUCUAGCAUGUAAGCUCAUUGAGCAGGGUCCUCAACCCCUCUGUUCCUGUGUGUCCAUUUGUCUGGUUACAAUUACAUGUCUGUUAGUCCACCCAUUGUACAGCGCUACGGAAUUUGCUGGCGCUAUAUAAAUAAAAAAAAAUACGUGCGUAUGUAUUAGAAUAUUGUAUUUCAUUAUCUAUAAAGACGUGUUCUACAUUUCUACAGGUCUACGAUGGCAGGAAGUUUACUAUAUACUACAUUUACAUUUAUUUAGGGUGUAUUCAUAUGGAUUUUGGCAUUUUCCUAUAAAACUAUACAUGUCAUGUGAUUAGUAUUUGUCGGUGAUCUAAGCUUCUGUAAAAGUUCUAUUUAAUAAUUGAGGAGGGGUACCUAAAUAUAAUUUAUUUUAUGGUGUAUUUGUUUGUGUAUUAUAAUUUCUUUUUUUUUUAUGUCAAUAAUAUAUGUUCAUAAUAUUUAAUGUUUUUUAAAAAAUCCACAGGAGCCAAUCCAAACAUCAGGAUAUAUUUGCAAUUUUGAAGACCUGGAAAUAAAAUCUGUUCUCUUAGAUGAAUUGUUAAAGGUAUGUUCAUUCAAAAUCUGAUGCCAAUCUAUCAACGUGAACAUAAAAAUGAUCUAAGACCUUGCCUGUGUUUUCCUUCCUUGCAGGAUCCUGAACACCCAAACAAAGAUUACAUCAUAAACUUCGAAAUCCGCUCCCUCCGAGACAGCCGGGCUCUGAUCGAGAAGGUCGGGAUUGAAGAUGCUUCUCAGUUUAUUGAGGACAAUCCUCAUCCUCGUCUUUGGUAAAUCAUUUCUUUCUAGGAAGAAUAUGGGAUGAAUCCCUGGAGAUUGUUAAAUGGCACGCCAAGUAACUAUAAUCUUUACUGCUUAUUGUACUGCUUGUGGUUCUAGAAAGCUGUCUCUACAAACUUGGCUUUUACUUUCCUCACAUUUUCUUUAUUUUUGGCUUGAUAUCUGGCAUCUAAGUUCCACUUCCCAUCAUACAUUUUAGGGUUUUGUUGCAUCUUUGGAAGGGUUAGCUAUAGGGUUAGCUAUAGGUCAUCACAUUAUCCUACAGCUCGGUAGGAGAUUGCAUUUUUGCGUUUGACUAUGAAAUAGUUUUUAUGUUCUUUGUGCAGCCUCAGUAAGAAUGUGAAAUGCGUACAACAUUCUUUUGAUCAAUGUUAUUUAAAAACUUGUAAAAAGUAUGCUGAAGAAGUUGCAGUUGCCUUGCUGGUGCAAAUACUGUAAUGUGGUAAGAAUUACUAAAUCGAAAAUCCUCAUGCCUGCUUUUUGCUACCAAAACUAAAUUGGCCUGAUUGUUUCGAUGAUGAUGUCUUAGCCAUUCAACUAUGGUUUUCACCAUGCUUUGCUUUGAGUUUUUCUUUAAGCUCUGCUUGUGCUUGUUACACAUUUUAUUGGAGGAGGGAUAAUAGAAUAUUUACAGAGUAAUAUAUAGUGGAAUCCUUUUAGGAUUAUUGGAGUGAUUGACCUUAGACUAUCCAGGGCUUACACAGAGAGAGGAUCUGUUCCGUUUGUGUUACUUCCAGCAGUUCCAUGUGGAAUGUGAAGGACAUUCAGCUUUUUUACAGAACGGUCUAGACUGCAGGAAGGAUGGCAUGUCAAGCAUAGCUUAUGGAAAUCAUGCAGAGCUUUACAUAUAUACAGAAAAUAAACAAUACAACAAAGUCCUCAUUGUAGGAAAAACUGCUUAAUCCCAUGUGCGGUACAGGCCAUAAUGUUAUUGCAGACAAAUAUGGCUUAAUCAUGACAUGUGACAGGUGUGUAAUCAAACAGAUAAAAGUUUUAUUUUGAAAUUAACAUAAUGUUAAAAUUUUAAUUUCAUGGUAUAAAGCUCACCUCUUUUGACAUUUUAUUGACUUUUUUUCAUUAAUGUAACUGGAAUUGGUGAGUAAGCUAAUUUCUCAAUUUUUGUAAAUCUCAAUAUUUGUUGCUGUUUUGUAUAUUGACAAAUAGGCGUUUACUAGCCGAAGCGGCUCUGCAGAAGCUAGACCUUCCAACUGCUGAACAGGCGUUUGUACGCUGUAAAGAUUACCAGGGCAUAGAGUUUGUUAAACGACUGGGUAACCUGCAGAGUGAGUCCAUGAAACGAGCUGAGGUUUCUGCCUAUUUCGGCAAGUUUGAAGAGGCGGAAAGAAUGUACUUGGACAUGGACAGGAGGUAUGAAUAUGUUAAGAAGGGGAAUGUUUGCCAGUGAGAUGUUGGUUCUCUGGGGCUGCUGAUGUUGUAAUUACUUGUACGUAUGGAAAUUGGAAACAGUGGUAAAUGUGGUCAGCAUUGUGUAUAUUUAAUGGGGAGGUUAUUAAGGUACCACCCAGAUCCCCUGUCUUUAUAAUGAGGAUGCAAAGCAAAAGUUUGGAAAUCCAUCAUCUCUGCCCCUGUCGGCCUUGCUCUUUGAAUGAUUAAUUCAAAAUAUAUAUUUUUCCUUAUCAUAUGACCUUACAUGCACAUCUAUAGUGUGAAAAAUGCAGGAGGCCCAUUGACCAUUAAUCAUUUCACCAUCAAGAGGCGUUAAUGGUUAAAAGAACCUGCCUUUAAGAAGCCGCACAGAGACUUUGCGUAAAAGGAAAUUUCUUUCUCCGAAUGUAGAUUUCAGGAACUCUGGAAAUGACUCACUCUAAUGAGAACAUUUAUAUCUUUUCAGAGAUCUGGCCAUCGGCCUUCGAAUAAAAUUGGGAGACUGGUUCAGGGUAUUACAGCUGCUGCGCACUGGUUCUGGUGAUUCAGAUGACGCGCUGCUGGAACAGGCGUAUAAUGCCAUCGGUGACUAUUUUGCAGACCGGCAGAAAUGGUAAGAAAAAAAAUACAGUUUAAUUGCUGGGAAGUUAAAACAUUUAUAUAUUUUUGCUGCUGAAUGUCUAUAGAAUAAAUUGUAUGCUCACCUGACUUGUGGUUCGAUUAGAGGUUACGUAAAAUAAUUAUAAAUGCAGGUAUUCCUUACCAAAAUAGAUAAAAUACACGUUUUAAACACCUACAUGAUUAACCAUGAAUAGAGAUUAGAGCUUUCUGAACAAUGUACGUGGUUUAUUUGUUAUGAGAUCUGAAUUGUUAAACUCUGGAUAGUCUAAAUUCCACUGCUUGCUUUUGGAUUGCAGGUUAAAUGCCGUACAAUACUAUGUACAGGGCAGGAAUCAGGAACGCCUGGCAGAGUGUUACUAUAUGCUGGAAGAUUACGAUGGCUUGGAAACGUUAACCAACUCACUUCCAGAGAACAACAAACUUCUUCCUGUAAGUCACAAAGUUCUGCCAGGCAUUGGCAGUGUGUGCUACCAGAGAAUAGCUACUGCUAGUUGGGUUAAUGACUGAACCUAGCCAUCACUACAUCAGGAAAAUUCUAGAGUUUAUAUAGUGUUUAUUUCGAGAGAUUAUAUCGAUGGCUGGGAAGAAUGGUAGAUUAGUGACAAUCUUUAUUGGGCUGACUAUUUUUUCAUGAUCUGUACAUAUGUUUCAUGCCUGGGAAAAGGCCCAGUAGACACUGUUUAAGAGAUCAUCACCUACGCAGUGAAAAUUUUAAUGCAUUUUAGGAUUAGGAUCUAGUGACAAGGCUGUGCUUUAGUAUGUUCCUCUAGUUGACCUACUUUAGACCUAGCCAAGGUGGGUGCUUAAUGUUAGGUAUGUGCUUGUCCCAGAGGGAUUACGUGCAAACUAGAGCCUAGUUAGAGAGUAGCUGUAGUUCACUUAGAGCAGAGAUUUGACAGUUUAUCUAAUGCAUCAUUACCCAGUAUCAGUGCACUGCUAAUGGCUAUUACUCAGAGUUCUAUGACUUCCUGCUACAUUGUGAUUUCUGUAUGGAAAGGAGGAUGCAGAGCUGGAUUGCUUUUUUAAUGGAUUGAUUAUGUUUUCUGGUGCAAGAGAGAAUGGUAUUGGCCUCACCAAUAUCACACUAUUAUUAUCCACAUAUUUAAAAUCAACUAAAAAAGUUACUCACUAAAUAAGUGUUACUUAUCAGAAAUUUACAAUUAAUUUAGAGGAGCACUAUAGGGUCAGGAACACAAACAUGUAUUCCUGACCCUAUAGGGUUAAAACCAUCAUCUGGCCACCCUGUCCCCCUCAUGCCUCCCUACAUAUAGUAAAAUCUUACUUGUAUUCAAGUCUGCAGCUUCUUACUUUGUCCCUGUUUCCUUUAGACCUACCCACUGCCAGAUGACAACAUCAGAAGUGGUGGUCUGAGACAAUCACAAUGCUUCCCCAUAGGAUUGGCUGAGACUGAUAAGGAGGCAGAUCAGGGGCAGAGCCAGCACAAUUCAAACACAGCCCUGGCCAAUUAGCAUCUCCUCACAGAGAUGAAUUGAAUCAGUGAAUCUCUAUGAGGAAAGUUCAGUGUCUGCUUGCAGAGGGAGGAGAUACUGAAUGUUUGGAUGCAUUUUAGGCAGCUAUGUCCCAGUAAGGGUCUUUAACAGCCAUCUGGGGAGUGGCUAGGGAAGUUAUCACUAAUCUGUAAUGCAAAUACUGCAUUUUCUCUGAAAAGAGAGUGGUUACAGCAAAAAGCCUGAAGGUAAUGAUUCUACUGACCAGAACAAAUUCAAUAAGCUGUAGUUGUUCUGGUGACUAUAGUGUCCCUUUAACGUUUUAGGCUAAAAUUGCCAAGCUGAAAACAUUGCUAAUUUGGAAACCGUUUCCAAUACAGCUAUUUUAGACUAAAUUGUGAAGUUCUUUUUGAAUUCUCAACAAUUCUUAAGAGCAAAACCCUUCUGUGCAAUCAUAUCUCGAUUUCAUAAAGACACUGUAUCCGCAAUCGCUUGCAUGGUAGAGAAUGCUCACAGAAAACUCAAUGCAUUCGCUAAUCAUAUACUGCUUGCAACAGUUUGUGGUUUUGUUUUUCAUGUGCUCCACAGGAUAUCGCCCGCAUGUUUGUGACCGUGGGGAUGUGUGAGCAAGCAGUGGCAGCAUUUCUUAAAUGCAACUUACCCAAAGCUGCAGUGGAUGCCUGUGUACAUUUAAACCAGGUAGGCAGGUUUAUCAAUAUACAGAAAUACUGAUCGACUUAAAGGAGCACUGUAUCUUCAGUUUGUUGUGAGAGAUCAAAAUGCAUCUUCUUAUAAAGUAUACUUGUUUAACUGUAUAUUAUCGGUUUGUAGACACCAGUGUGUUUUCAAUAUAAUUAUUUUCUGUAAAAGCUUCAGGUCUGUGGAUAAAAUAUUAAAUACUACAACUUUAAACUUUGGUGACCUAAGAUGCCAAUUCCGUGAACAGUAAAAUGACAAGUUCACAACACUUGAAAAAACAAAUCUUGGAGUCGCUGCAAUAGCUUUUCUUAAAAUUGUGGCAAACUCUGAGGGCUUCAAGAUUGUGGUGAUAUUCCAACAUGGCCGCCUACACUUUUCUAUCUUCAGAUAUGUUAGCUUUAGCUUGUUUAGGGCACAAACAUAUUAAGUUGUUGGGAAUAUGGUCUUAAGUUUGAAAUAAAGACAAGGUCAAAAGGCAGACUUUCUUUUAAAGGGAGCCUGCAGCCACAUCUCACCAUGAUGAAAAUAUUAAAGUAACCGUAUCAACUGUAAAAAAGAUACUCAUCUUUGAUUCUUCUAUGCUUGUUGCUGUGGAGAUGUACAGCAUUUAUUAUUUAGGCCUCACCAUUAGUUUCAUUCAUAAAAAGAGUUUGACAUGGAUCAGGGCCGGCCCAAGACAUUGUGACGCCUGGAUCCAAGUAUGAAAUGCAUACACAUGUCCAUCGGGUGGCCCUAAGGGCAGGGCAUGGGUCACCGGAUGGACCCGCACACAGGUUCCCAACCCGUGCGGUGCUGCUGCACUGCCGCCAAGGGUUGGGAAAUCCUGUUUUAGAUUAUGACAGGGGCGGCAAAAUGCCACCCUUGUCAGAGUGCCGCCUGGAGUCGUGGCUCCUGCGCGGUCUAUGGACGGGCUGGCCCUGACAUGAAUGCACACGCUAGGAGACUGGGAAUUAUGUGAUAAGAAUAAAUCACAAUGAUAUGCUCCUGAUUAGAAGCUUAUUCAUUAUGACCUACAGUCCAGAGCCAGCUCAUUUGCUGAGAGCGUUAGUUGAGCUCUCUCAGACAAUGAGCCCUGUGGUGCAUCACUGGACUAGCUUGAUGCAGAGAGCUUCCGGCUUCCAUUCCUAACAUUAAAUAUUCUGACUACUUAUCCUGGGAGAGCACCUAUUAUUAUUAUUAUUAUUAUUAUUAUUAUUAUAAAGCGCCAACAGAUUUUGCAGCGCUGUACAAUUAGUGGAGAACAUACAAUAUACACAGAUUCCGCAGUGCUGUACAAUUAAUGGAGACAAAUACAGACAAAUACAAAAGGUAGAGAGGGCCCAUAUACAAAGUGCAUAGGUAAAUAGCCCGUGAGAGUUCAAUCUAAAGGCACUCACUCCUAGCAUAGGUUAUUCCCCCUUCCCCUCAUUGUUUCCUUUUAACAGACUAUCAUAUUUAUUGUUUCCAUAGCAUAGUAACAGCUCUCAGUGGACUGUGGGCAUUUUGUUUUGCUCCCUGACAUUUUCUGGCCUUACAUAUUCAAUAAAUGGCAAUUUGUGUUUUUAAACUGCUAUUUACUAUUUUUUUUCAUCUUUGUUUCCACUGGUUUAAACUUUGACAUAUAGUUCCUACUUGAAAAUAUUGAAUAAAUCACUUCUGGUUUUGUGUGUAUAUAUAUAUAUAUAUAUAUAUAUAUGUAGCCGUAUUAGUCCAGUGAUGUAUUUUUUUAAAAUUCUUAUCUUGUAAUACCUUUGUCUUAUCUACACUCAUGUCGCUUUAACCCCUGUAUCACAACUCAACUUUGAAUUCUAUGUGUCAUUUUGCUCAGAAAUGCUUCAGACUUGAGAAAGGGAGGUUCUCCCGAAAGCUUGUCAUUAAAAAAAUCUGUUAGUCCAAUAAAAAAGGUAUUGCAAGAUAAGAAUUUUAUCUGUUUUUUACAUAUAUAUAUAUAUAUAUAUAUAUAUAUAUAUAUAUAUAUCAACAAUGUAGUUUUGAUCAUGACCUAAAAGCCACUUUAUGGAUAGAUUUUGCAUAAGUGGACUGUAGUUUAUGACAACAAAUGAUACUUUUAUAGAUUUUAUAUAUUCCCAUAUAUUUGUGAUUUCAUAACAGUCAAUGAAUUUUGUUUUACCUUAGUGGAAUAAAGCUGUAGAACUGGCUAAAAAUCACAAUAUGAAAGAAAUUGGGUCGCUGCUUGCCAAAUAUGCCUCUCAUCUGUUAGAAAAGAAUAAAACGCUGGACGCCAUUGAACUUUACCGAAAAGCCAACCACUUCCUUGAUGCUGCAAAGCUCAUGUUUAAGGUACAGAUAUCUGUAAGAUAAUACUUUGUGCUAUGGUUGUUCUAAUAGCAAUCUGUAUAUAAUAAACUAAAUAGAAAAAAAGAUUUUAAAUAACUUGAGAUAGUGAGCUUUAUAUUUUAUUUCACUUGAAUUUGUACACAGGCCUGGCAUGAAGGACUCUGUCAGACGAUGUAUACAGUGCCUGGCAAGAAGGACUCUGUCAGACGAUGUAUACAGUGCCUGGUGUGAUGGCCUCUGUCAGACGAUGUAUACAGUGCCUGGCAUGAAGGACUCUGUCAGAUGAUAUAUACUGUGCCUGGUGUGAAGGACUCUGUCACAGGAUGUAUACAGUGCCUGGCAUGAAGGACUCUGUCAGAUGAUAUAUACUGUGCCUGGUGUGAAGGACUCUGUCACAGGAUGUAUACAGUGCCUGGCGUAAAGGACUCUGUCAGAGGAUGUAUACAGUGCCUGGCAUGAAGGACUCUGUCAGAGGAUGAAUACAGUGCCUGGUGUGAUGGCCUCUGUCAGACGAUAUAUACUGUCCCUGGCGUAAAGGACUCUGUCACAGGAUGUAUACAGUGCCUGGUGUAAAGGACUCUGUCAGACGAUGUAUGUAGUGCCUGGUGUAAAGGACUCUGUCAGAGGAUGUAUACAGUGCCUGGUGUGAUGGCCUCUGUCGACAUUGUUCAUCAGGGGAGCCCAGUCUGUAGUGGGAUCUUUUUUUGUUAGCCAGGAUAACAUGACCUACCACCAUAUCAGAAGUGGUGCUGGGGAAAAGGCUGUGUCAUUUAUGCUAUUAGUAGAAGCCCCUACUGCAGAACACUUAUAUCAAACAGCCCCUAGUAUGAAUUACAUAUUAAUAUUGUAAGUGGUAUUUAUAAAGUACCAGCAUAUUUCACAGUGCAUAUAUGCCCCUGCUCCACAGUCCCUUAAUAUAUAACACACAAGUCUCAUUCCCAGUCAGACUCGCACUCUCCCAUACAUACAGUCAUACCUACUUUCCCAUAUAUACACACAUGCACACAGUCAUACCCACAGUCUCCCAUACAUACACAUGCACACAGUCAUAACCACACUCUACCUUACAUACAAUCAUGCACACAGUGAUAACCACACUCUACCUUACAUACAUUCAUGCACACAGUUAUAACCACACUCUACCUUACAAACAUUCAUGCACACAGUCAUAACCACACUCUACCUUACAUACAUUUAUGCACACAGUCAUAGCCACACUCUACCUUACAUACAUUCAUGCACACAGUCAUAGCCACACUCUACCUUACAUACAUUCAUGCACACAGUUAUAACCACACUCUACCUUACAUACAUUCAUGCACACAGUCAUAGCCACACUCUACCUUACAUACAUUCAUGCACACAGUCAUAGCCACACUCUACCUUACAUACAUUCAUGCACACAGUCAUAGCCACACUCUACCUUACAUACAUUCAUGCACACAGUCAUAGCCACACUCUACCUUACAUACAUGUAUAACUUUUUACCAUCAUCCAUUGUCUCAUAUCACUCUGUCUCACCUUAUUUUGUCAAUCAUCUUACUACUUAUGUCUCCUCUACCCCCACUCCGCUCUCUCUCUCUGCUACACCUCGAGUUUGAAAAUAAAUCAAUGUAAAAUUAAAAAUAUAUUAAAAAAGUAAGAAACUUUUUUUUUUUUUUUUUAAAACACAUAAAUUGAUAAGCAGCUAAAAGCAUUAAAAUUAGGUGACUAAAUAUUAUAAAUAUAAAGAAAACAAAAUGAUAAGUCUGGUUAGUGCUUAAUAAGAGUACCGAGGACAAAUAUCAAUAAUUUAUCAGCCAUAACUGUUAAAAUAAAUUCCUAAAGCCAUGCAUUUUUUUUAAUACAUACAUAGAUAAUUUGAGUUAAAAAAAAAAAAAAAAAAAGCGCAACAUGAAUAUGGUUAAAUAAAUGUGUGAUAACGGUUUACUAGUUUAACAUCUGUGAAGUAGUGCUGCCCUCUAGUGAAACUCUUACACACUGCAAAUAACUAUACUGGAAUUUACCAACUGAUGCACAGAACUAGUGAAUGCAUGUCCAUAUCUUACAUUUUUUGAGGUGUGGGGAAGUGUUGAUCUUUUUGGAUUGAAAAAUGUAAACAAUGGUGUAAUGUGUGCACCAGCAGGAACAGAUGAUAUGUGUGGAUUUGUUGAUGGCAAAUAAGUAGGGACAUUUUUAACACUGUGUUUUAAAGGUGAUAGCAUGGGAAGUCCCUGGUCCUGAGUAGAUGGUAUUGUUAUUGUAUGUUCAUACAAUAAAUAUUAUAUGACAUAAAAACUUCUGGAGAACCCGCUUCGUCUCCCAAAUAUCCGAUAUCCCACAACCCGGCGUUUCAAUCAAAACCAGGAACCGCCUCAUACUCCAAAGACCUCAUAGGAUGACCAACACGUAUAUACAACUACAUACCCUCCUUCAGGUCAACAAAUUGAAACCAAUUUCUGACCUCACAGUGAGCACCAUGCCACACAAAUUAGAAAUGUUUCACUACUCACGCUUGCAGCAUUUCCUACAAACGCUACCAAUCCCAGACCUAGGUCUAAGAGAGGAAACAAAAUUUGAACGCAUGUGCUCGAUAGACAACCCCAUCCCCAAAAAACUAUCCAAAUGCUACGAACUACUAUUGCCACUACUCUACCCAAGACCUCCAGCCUAUACUCAAAGCUGGAAUGACUACAUCUCCCCCUCAGCUGUCAGAGGAAGACUGGUACCCCAUUUUCCAGAGGAGUGCCUCUGCCCAUACCAGCAUUCCAUUAGUGGAGGCAAACUAUAAAUUUAUACAUACAUACAAAAUAGGUGGAGAAUCUUGGUUCGUUGUACAAUGGCAUAUAAAAUAUAUUAAAGACUGUAAAGACAGAAAAGACACAAUCUAGUGCAAUAUCGUAAAGUGCAAUAGUGGCUUUAAAUAUAGUUUGUAGUGGGUACUUACAAACCAAGAGCCAAACGAAACUGGCUCAAUUUGGACGCCUGUGGGAUAGUUGUUAGGGUUCCCACUCCCUCUCUGUGUAGCAGCUUGUUCUGUAUCCCUUAUAUUAAAUAAGGAGAAGGGACCAUAUCCACAGAUCUGAAUUCUUCUUUAAUAAAAAAGGAAAAUACAUAAAAAAUACAAUCCCACUUAGGGUAAAAAGUGGGAUUGUAUUUUUUAUGUAUUUUCCUUUUUUAUUAAAGAAGAAUUCAGAUCUGUGGAUAUGGUCCCUUCUCCUUAUUUAACAUAAGGGAUACAGAACAAGCUGCUACACAGAGAGGGAGUGGGAACCCUAACAACUAUCCCACAGGCGUCCAAAUUGAGCCAGUUUCGUUUGGCUCUUGGUUUGUAAGUACCCACUACAAACUAUAUUUAAAGCCGAUAUUGCACUAGAUUGUAUCUUUUCUGUCUUUACAGUCUUUAAUAUAUUUUAUAUGCCAUUGUACAACGAACCAAGAUUCUCCACCUAUUUUGUAUGUAUGUAUAUGUUUUAACUUUCAUGUGGAUUGAGGGAUUACCACGUAGGUGUUUGUGAGUAAUUUGGUGUAAGUUGAAAUCACCCGCUGUAACUCAGUAAUUGUAUUACAUUGCGCAAACUAUAAAUUGCUUGCGAGGUGUUAUUACACACUUAGACACCCUAAACUUCGCUCCAGAAAGCACAGGCCUUUGCUGGCGCUGCGAGAAGGACACUGGCACACUCUAACACCUUUGGUGGCAAUGCAACCUCAUAACUGGGUACUGGAGGGAAGCCCCCCUUUCCCCCCACCCCCCCCACUGUCCACAGUUAUUCACCCUGUUAUCUUCACUCCCCACCCUCACGGAGGGGCUGGUUCAUUAUCAGAUUUGUUAAACAUCCAAUACAAGGGAGCAGGACUACAAACCCCCCUUAGAUAACAGAGUAUUUUCCCCCAAAUAGCAACAAGAUGUAAACAUUGAAUCAAACUCUCUCCAUAUCUUUACCAUGUCAUGCUUAGGGACACAAAUUUGACAUGUAGUAACAGAUGUAUACCCAUAUCAUAUUAUUUUUCACCAUGUAUUGCAUGUUCUACAAAUAUGGGAGAUAAUGGAUGUGCAAAUGUCAUGAAUGUCAUAUACCAACCCUCUGUUUGUAAUAAAAAUGUAUAAUUAAAAAAAAAAAAAACUGCUGGAGAAUUUACAGUGGAAAAAGAUGUGUGAUAGCCCCAUUACAGCAGCUACAAUGAUUUCGAUCUGAAAUUCACAUUAAUGCCUUUUUUCUAGAUAGCAGAAGACGAGGCAAAAAAGAGGACAAAACCCCUACGUGUUAAAAAGCUUUAUGUCCUGGCAGCUCUCCUAGUGGAACAAUACCAGGAUCAGAUGAAGAACACGCAAAAAACAAAACUUAAAGGGAAGCAAACAGAGGUAUGAAAAUCCUUGUGUUUUCAUGAAUGGCAGGUGUUUUUUCCUAGCUGAAUAUGUGUACUAUUGCUGGCAAUGCUCUGUGUACGUCAGUAGCUGCCCAUAUAGGUAGAUCAUAUAUAAAUACAUUUAUAUAUUUCACCCUAGUGGCUAUGAGCUACCUAAGGCCUUGAUUUAAUAAACUUUCAAAAUUAAUCAAACUUUCAGAAUUAAUCAAUAAUGUUAGAUUCCAAAUAUUUGAAUUAUUUAUCUACAAAAAUUUCCAUAAAAUUUAAUGCUAAAUGCAAAAAAGAGAAAAAUAUGCUGGCUUUCCAAAGCUCAAUAAGGAAAAUUUAUUGGAACCAAGAAAACUGCAAAAUGUCAACUUCAGAAUGGGUCUUUGUCAAGCUGAAACGUUGCUGGUUUCUCUUCCUUGGAUUUAAUAUUGUACAGGGAUUUUUCUAGCCCCUGGUUUGGUUGCACCCAAUUAUUCUACUCUCUUGAAUGAGUGCAGUUCCUUCAUAUUUGUUGGUCUAUCUAUAAACCUUAAUGGAGACUUUUGUAGUUAAAUAAUUUGGGUGGUUUUUCUAACAGUAUUGAAUCAUUUGGAUAGCUUGUUAAAUUAAAGCCUAAAUUGGAAAUCUAAAAGUGGCACACUGGUUUAUAAUGGCCCUGUUACCCUGAGUCUGGUAGCACAUGUAUCGGUCAAACAAUAUUUGGAUGCACUUUUCUUUUCCUUAGCAUUGUGUAGAUGUCCCAUACAUCUACAGAAACACAUUGCCUGCAGCCACACACAAUACAUCAUUAAUAUUUAUUUUUAUUGCGCUGACAAAAAGACAAAUAGAGUGAGCUCUUCCUGAUGGUCUCAGCUAAGGAAGUGAGACGGGGGAGGGGCAGAGCCAAUCAGCAGUUCUUCAUAGAGAUUCAUUGAAUCAAUGCAUCUCUAUGGGGAAAGUUCAGUAUCUCCAGUCUGCGCAGGUCUGCUGGCACUGGCUCCACCCCUGAUCUGCCUCCUUGGCUGACAUCAUUAGAAUUGAUGAUCUCAGCCAAUCACAAUGCUUUCCUAUAGGAAUUUGGCUUCCACUUUAACAUGGGUAACCCCCUCUCGUUCCCUCUCCCCCCAUGUUCUUCCUAGAAAUAUUUAAAUUAGUUCACUGUUUCUUUUUUUGUACUAGUGAAAUAUCUUCAACUUUGUAAAAUUGUAGCUUUAUCAUUGGGAUUGUGACGAGAUGACAGAGUGAUUGCCCAUUUUUGGCUGAGAAAGCAGAGCUGCACAAUUCUAGAACUUCUCAGUUUGGCUGUUUCACACUUGCAUAUAUAUAUCUCCCUUUUUAGUUCUCUACAUUUUCUGGUUUAAAGAAAAAUUGUAUGAAUUUAGAAUCAUUGUUUAGGUAGGCAGAAAUUGUAAAUUUGAAUAUAGCCCUCAAAAAUCUGUGUGGGAAAACCACCGAUUUGAAACAGGUGCUUCCCAUGAUAUAAAUCACUGACGGAUAUUCUGUUUUUCAGGCUACAUCUGCCUUGGCUGGGUUGUUGGAAGGAGACCGCAUGUUAUCAGACAGUCGAAUUAUUGACAACCCUUGGCGUGGAGCCGAAGCUUAUCAUUUCUUUUUGCUCACUCAGAGGAUGCUGUAUAAAGGCUAUGUGUCUGUCGCUAUGAGGACAGGUGAGAUCAAGGGAUUGCGUAUUUUAAAAUAAAUACAAGUGAAAAUCUUUGUGUUGCUCAUGCUGCACUAAAAAUUAGUCGUUUAUGUUUAGCCCAACCUUGUUUUUUGUAGAAAUUUUUAUAUAUAUUUUUACAUUUUUUUAAUGCAAUCUUGUGUUAUGAUUAGCUAAAUCUUUACAUUAGUUUUUACUUUGUUUUCCUUCCCAAAUGCAGCAAAGUACAGUUUUUUUUUUUCUUCAACCAAACAAUUUCAGUUACUGUGGCCUAAAAUUUUAAAUUCAAUUUAACGCAUUAGUGAAUAACCUUACAAGUGUUACAUACAACAAGUUAAAAUACAUUUCGAAAACAGAGAAAAGUUAUUUAGAAUGACAUUAUUGAAACUGCAUAUAAUAAAUUGUGAAGUAAUAAUAUAACGAAAUAGAAGCAGUUAUAUCAGCAUGCCUGGAUCAUUGUGAAACAGUGACAUUGAAAUGACAAUGCUCUUUAUUUGGUUGUGUUACAUAAUGUAACAGGCUGAACGCUGUGAAACAGAUUUUGAGGUUGCAAGUUGGAUAGACUAAUAGAGGGAUCCCUUCCUAAUGGGAUAGCCUUCUCUUUGCAUUAAUUCUUUGCUUUUUCAUUUUUAGCUCUUUAUCUGAGAGAUUACGAAGACACCAUUCCGGCAGUAGAAAUCUAUUCCCUUUUGGCCCUGUGUGCCUGUGCUAACAGAGCAUUUGGUACAUGUUCCAAGGCCUUUAUCAAACUUGAGUCUUUGGAGAGUUUAAACGCUGAACAGAGGCAGCAAUACGAAGAUCUUGCUCUGGAAAUUUUCACCAAACACAGUCCUAAAGAUGACUCGAAAUCCGAACCUGACAAUUUCCCUGAAGGGUAUGUUAACUUAUUGUUGUGUAACAUAAGGCAAUAUUGAAACCAGAGGUGGUCAGAAGUAGAUGGCCAAGCUGUCUCAUGGGAGGUGCAUUUCUACAAAGGUUGGGGAUCUACCUAGUGGCCACUCCUGGUUUAAACUUUAGGUUUAAAAUGUAUACAUGUGGUUUAAAUUAUAUUCUACUAGAAUCAAGUUGCAGUCCCAGUGGGCUUUAGAGCUCUGCAGGUUAACAUUUAUGUGCAAACAAAGCAAAAUGAUUUGGUGUAUCACUCUUUAAACGUCCAAAAUGGCCGAUGUUGCUAGAAUGUAAUGCCACUCACCAUAUCUGUCUUGCAUCUGUGCAAGAGUGCACAUUUAUUUUGGUAGAUCAAUGCUUACCUAGUGAUAAGAAAUCUCUUUGGUGAUGUCUAUUGUUUGACUCUGUUGCACAGAGUGUUUUGCACUCUAUCCUGGAGACCCAACUGUUUAUUAAGGCAGAGUGAGUAGAAAAUGGAGAACAAUGAAUGGAGGUGAGCAAACAUUGUUCCCGCAAAAUCCAUUAGAUCAUUAGGGUCUACUAAAUUAAGCCAUACCCUUAAAGGUAAGUCACAGUCAGGCGACGAUGUAUUGUUCAUGCACAUGGCCUACCUCAUUGCAGUUAACUUUUUGAGUCAAGGUGUUUCCCACAGCAAAAAUGGCUGCCGGAGUCCUCUUGUACAUGGUUUAAUGUUUUUUCUCUUUUAGAGAGGAAUGUUAAAGGAUCACUAUAGGGUCAAGAACAGAACCAUGUAUUCCUGACCCUAUAGUGUUAAAACCACCAUCUAGCCCCCCUGGGCCUCUCAUGCCUCCAUAAAUAUAGCAAAAUCUUACUGUAUUCAAGCCAGAAGCUGUAACUCUGCAUGCUGUUUGCCUCAACAACAAAAAAAACAAGCAGUCUGCUGACCUCAUCAGAAGUGGUAACCUGAUCCAAUCACAAUGCUUCCCCAUAGAAUUGGCCGAGACUGACAAAGAGGCAGAUCAGUGGCAGAGCCAGCAGAAUUCAAACACAGUCCUGGCCAAUCAGCAUCUCCUCAUAGAGAUGAAUUGAAUCAAUGAAUCUCUAUGAGGAAAGUUCAGUGUCUGCAUGCAGAGGGAGGAGAUACUGAAUGUUUGGAUGCAUUUUAGGGAGCCAUGACCCAGGGAGGAUCUCUAACAGCCAUCUGAGGAGUGGCCAGUGAAGUUAUCACUAGGCUGUAAUAUAAACACUGCAUUUUCUCUGAAAAGACAGUGCUUACAGCAAAAAGCCUGAAGGUAAUGAUUCUACUCACCAGAACAAAUUCAAUAAUCUGUAGUUGUUCUGGUGACUAUAGUCUCCCUUUAAAGGGAGGUUCCUUCCAGACUGUGCAACAGUCUUAUAUUAUAUCUUUUAUUUUCUCAAAUGUAAUAAAAAAAACAUGUUAAGCUUUACAUCACAGUGUGUAAUAAAAAUGCUUUUUGUUUCCUGCAGUGGUGAUGGAAAACUCCCAAUAUGCAUUGCAUCAGGAAAGCCCAUUACGGAGUACCAGUUCUGGAUGUGCAGCGUGUGCAAGCAUUGUGCGCAGGAGCGAGAGAUCACUUCCUACAGCUUCUGUCCUCUAUGCCAUACCUUGAUAUCAUAACUCUGGAUUAUGCUACAAGUUGUGCUUUAAACAUUCAAACAUCAGAUUCCCCCUUGAACAGGGGGUGUAUAAAAUACUUAAUGCAGAGCUGCAUUUAUUUUAUUGCACUGAGAUACACAUGCACUGUGAAAGGUGCAAUUUAAUCUCCCUUGCUUAACAUUUUUUCAAAAGUUGCACUUUUUUAUUAGAAGAGCGCCAUAUUAAUUUAUAUAUUGUUUAUACUGAUUGUACAAGGUAGAAAAAAAUACUUUCUUAUAUGUUCAUUAGUAUUAUAGGACACUGUGAGCACUCCAAUGAUUAAAGCACAUUUUAAUGGUUAGAUGCUAUGAAUCUCUGGGCACUGUCCCCUGGUUCUCUGUAACAUUAGUAGUUUGACAGAAACCUAAAGGCAAGUUGCAGUCAUUGAGCAGCCAGCAAAGGGACAUUAGGAUUAGUGUAAACUGAGGCCAUAAGAUUAUAAAAUCAGAAUCAUUACAAUGAGCUGUAGUGGUUAUGGUGCUUUAAGUGCCCCUUUAAAUUGUUCAGACUAUAGAUUGGUAAGUGUCUAGAGAUGUAGUUGAACAGGCAGGGCUUUCCAACACUGUACUAUACACUUGUUACUAUCAAAUAUGUAUAUAUAAUUUUUGAGCAUUUGUGCAUUCAAAUGAACACAACCAUUUGGGACUAAAAAGCUCUUUCUCUAGUGUUUAUUUGUUCAUUUAAAGGGACACUAUAUUCACCAGAACAACUACAGCUUAUUGUAUUUGUUAUGGUGAGUGUAAUCAUUUCCUUCAGGCUUUUUGCAGUAAACACUGGCUUUACAUUACAGCCUAUAGAUACAUCCACUGGCCACUCCUCAGAUGGCUACCAGAGGUGUUUCCUGGGGCAGUGCUGCACACUUCAUUCACUGUCUCCACCCUCUGCAUGGAGACACUGAACUUUCCUCAUAGAGAUGCGUUGAUUGAAUGCAUCUCUACAGGGAGAUGCUGAUAGUCCAGGACUGUGUUUGGCUUGUGCUGGCUCUGUCCCAGAUAAGCCUCCUUGACAAGCUCAGCCAAUCCAAUGCUUUUCUAUGUGAAAACAGUGUCAUUGGCUUUUGAUUAAUUCUUCUGAUGAUGUCACCUAAGCAGGCAGUUCAGGGGCAGAGGCAGCAGCAGACUGGAAUAAAUUAAAAUGUUGCUAUAUUAAGGGGUGGGGGGGGGGAAAGGUGAUUAUAACACUAUAGGGUCAGGACUACAUGUUUGUGUUCCCGACCCUAUAUGUGUUCCUUUAAAAUAGGUUUGGCUUAUUUACUAAACAGUGAAUUAAAAAAUGAAUUUCUAACAUUAAAGCCAAAAUAACCUUAUUAGAAAAAGUAAUUCUUCAAUUCCAGCAUAUUACCAGCCUGACCAUUUUGACCUAAAUAUGAUUUUAAAUUUUCAGCAUUCCACUGUUUAUUAAAUAAACCCCAGUAAUGUUCUAAUAAACAAUAUAUUAAUGUAACAACCGUCACACUGCAGUGUUAGUGUGGGAUUAUAGAUCAAAAUCCUACGUAACAUAGUCCACUUCAUGUAUUAGGAAACCUGGGGCAUAGUUAUACAGGAUACAGGACUAAGAGAAACAACCUGGCUAUUCUCAACAAAGGCUGAAAACUAACAGAUUUGUUUGACUUGUCAUGUAGAAGGUCAUCUGGAAUAUGUACUAAGUCACUUCUGGGAGAAUAAAACCUAUUCAUCAUUAUGAUCAAUAAGAUAUUCCUCGGGGUAACAUUGUGAUUAUUUUCUGUUGCGUGGAUUUUAAAGGCCUGUUCGGAGAUUAUGUAGAAAAAGAGUGACCACACUUUGCCCUUCAACAAUUGUUGUAACACAUUUCCCAUAAUUCUCAGCAUGUUAAAGAAUACCAGAAUUAGGGAAACAUGCCCUAACAAUAGCUGGGGAAUGUAGAAUGCAGAACCAUAUGCAACAUUAGAGUAUAACCAGGAGUUAUUGACAUUUUACAUGGUAAUUAUAAAUCUUAGGACACAAUAGCUGAAAACUAUACAUUCUCUAACUCUAUUUUUACGCUAUUUUACCAGGGCAGCUAUGUACGCCUAAAGCUUGCUAUUCCCUUUCAGUACUAGAGAAUUCCUGGUGUUGUGAAUUGAACUCUUUAUGUGUCUGUUACUAACCCCGCUUUUCUAAAAUAAAAAGAUUUACUGAAGGGGUAAAUGGCACUGGUCAUGUUAAACUUCGACAGGGUCACAGUACCCGAACUGGAAAAUAUCCCUAUGUCCUCAAUGCUUCCAGUUCAGCGGUUUUUUAGCCAUAAAUUUGAAAUUCACCUGAAGAACUAUUAUACCAUUUAAACGUGUAGCGGUGGCUCUGAGUGGAGGUUUGGAUACACAAAAUGCUGUGUGUAUGACACAACACCAAGCCCCCUGUAUCAUGCUCCUCUCUUCCCAUUACAAUAAGCAGAUCCAAGAGAAGUGUUCGGGAUGGCUGAAAAUGACUUUGUUGGGUUGUUUAUGGCCUAAUUCUGGUUAUUAUUAGGGCAGUUCUGGAUGGCUGCUGGGAACCUCGAUUACACUACUUUAUUCUUUACAAUUUUCUCCCUUGUGAACAUUCUCAAGAAUGUCAAAUUCUUAUAAAAUGUAAUGUAAAAUAUAUGUGAAUAUUUAUAAUAAAAUGAUGUGUUGUUUUACCAAC